GAAGCAGAGACCAGCAGCACGUCUGCUUCUAUCUGUCGCCUCUCGGAUCUCCCUGAGCUCAGCUGUCGGGCUGCCACUGACUGCGAGAGAGUGGAUCCUCUUCCUCACAGGCUGUGUUAGGGAGCGCCUGAGUGCAUAGAGUGUCACAGAGUCCGCUUUUUAACUGUGCUGGUUAUGUUGCGGCCACAUGGGUGACGGUUUGCCCAGUUUUGCUCUGGAUUUGACUCAUCACCCAUGAUCCCCUGCCAUCUCUGGCAUCCCCUCUCAUCAUUAAGGUAAGAAGAAAAAGUGCUUUAUUGACUGUUUUGUUCUUUUUAAAGCUACUCCUACACUCUAGUCCUCUUUCUUUUUCUUUCUUUAAGGAUCUUGUGCUCUUGUGAGAGUUUUUAUUCUUGUCUUCCUGGCUUAUUGAACAAAACAAGCUCAGAAGAUCACAUUGCACUUCUACCUGUUCUUGUUUUUGACUACUUAUGACCUGGUUAGUGUGGUAAAAGAGGAAAGAAACUGUUGUCUCUCUUUGUACCAAGAUAUAAAUGCAUAUAACACUCUCACUGUGAUGAUUACUGUCAUUCAAAGAGCACUUCUCCAAAACCAAGUUACUAAGUGCUUCACGAACGCAACAAAAAACAACAACAUGACAUUACCGCACUUCUUCAAACGCUUCAGCUGCAAAAACCCAUUAAGCUACCUGAUUGUUUCCACAUGGCUUGACUAGAUUUUGAUGAUGACUUGUUAGUCUGGAAGCUGCAGCAUCCGUAAAGCAUGUGUAUGUGUGGGGUUGUGUGUGUGUUGUACGGCACGGUUAAUUGAGUGAAAGUUAGCGGGGAUUUGUCAUGUGGAUUGCAUUAGCUAUGACAUAACCGUCCUCUUACGCUGAUGUAUACACUUAAAGUACAUUCAAGUGGCAUCAUCGAAGGGUCAGCAUCUGCUCAAUACAGUGGACUGGACAUAAAGGGGAAAAUCAGUCACUACAGACAGUGAUAUAACCUGUUAGAAAUGUUCAUUUAAAGGUUACAAACAGUUUCCUUGUCAAUCGUGGGAUUUGCUUUUGUCUGAAGUGAAAUGAACGCUUUCAGGGUUGAUACGCUCAUAAAACCCAAAUACAGUUAAUCAAAAUAUUCACUAGGGAACUUCCCUGAAUGUCAUUUGAUCUCUUUUUAAUGCAAACCAUAUCUAGCCAGGGUACUUUUCUGCUGUUUUAUCACACCAUGUUGGUAAAUACGAUCUCCUAUCAGAGAAUUAACCACAGGGAGUUCACAAUAGCAGAGAACUACUUCAUGCAGAACCGAAUUUCACUUUUAAGCAACACAUUCAAUCAGCUUUUUGGCAUUAUUCAGUCAUUCAGGAUUUUUCUCUUUCUCCAUUUACGAGGUGCACUCUAUUUGAUUAAGCUGAUCCUUGCAGGAAAAGAUGUCAAUUUGAUUUCUCUAAUUGAUUCAGCUUAGUUUUUAAACUGCUUACUCAACACAAAAGCAGAAUUUUAUUGAAGAAUCGCCGUUUGAAAUUUAAAUGCCUUCCAGCGUUUUCCUUUUUCUGAUAUAAUCACAGCAGAAAUAAAGCUUUAUGCGAGGUCUGAGGCGCUCGAGAUUUUUACAACUCCGCUUUUAGACUGAGCAAACACAGCACUUGCGGGAUGUUAACUUUGAAAGCUGCUGCAUGAAUGACAGGAGUGAGGUUGUCAACCAUCUGUGGGACACACGAGGCAAUGUGAUGAUUUAAGAAAGACAUGAGAGUUAAUUAGGUUGAAGCUCAGACAUCCAAACAUCCCAUGUUGCUAUCAUUCCAUUUUCACCCUGCAGCCAUAAAAUAAUUGAGCAGGCUAGUCCACAUCCAGUCUCAAACAUGAAGGACCAUGCUUUAUACAACAGUGCUAGAAAAAGUGGUACUUUUACAGAUCUGUGCUCAAUGCACAUGAUACACAGGACCACAGAACCUCAGCAAUAGAGUAAAAGUUUGAGUUUGAGUGGAUUACAAAGACAAAGUAUUGUCAGCAUGUAUGCAGUGUUUUUAUAACUGAAAAAUCUCAUCUUUCCAAAUUGAACUUCUGAAUGUGAGGAAACAAAUAACAGGGAUUGUAGAUGUUCAAAGUGAUCAAAUCUUUUGUUUUUGAAUUUGUUGGUCAUAAAUGGGCGUUUUUGUUAAUUUUGGACAUUUUUAUAACCGCUUUGUAACUCAGCAUGGGAGCUGUAAUCUGUUUAUGGGAAGCAAACCAUGAGUAUUUGGAUAGUUAAAGAAAACUUUAUGACUAUUUAUACUUGUACAAACAGGAAAUAUAAAAUUUUUUGCUUUCAUCCACGUCAAUGUGUGGGUUUGGUGAUUUUUCUUGCAUUAUUAUCCCGGAAAGUACCUUUUUUUUUUUUUUUUUCCUCCAAUGUGGCUCUUCUGAUUGUGCAAAACAUAAAAAAAGACACUAAGAAAAAUCACAAGUCUAUCCUUUAACUAUCAAAAGAAGUAAGGAUGCCUUUUGUCCUUGUGUGUGUAUAUACAAAGCUUCCCACUUGCAUCAGUUUGUCUCCUAUGGAUGCGCACUAUUAAUAAUAGCUAUGCUCAUUUUGUCAUUGACACGUAGAAGCAGUGAUUUCUCACUGAAAUCUCCCACUGCGGUUAUUAAACAGUCAAGUGGAUAGACCAUUUGGAGUAGUUUCAGUGAAAAAUGCGAAUAAAAGAUGUAUUAUUAGCAGGUUGUGAAAUGUCUCAUUUGCACAGGUGUGUAAAUUUUCCUUCAUAGACUAUCUCAACCCUGUCAUUGCGUUCAUAGCUCAUAAAAAGACAUGAACACCAAAUUCAGUCUGUUUAUAAGCAUUAUAAAUCUCACGAUGAAUCAGUCAUUAAUUAAAGAAAUCAUCACAAGGUUUAAUGAUGAGGAGCAUAUUAUUAGUUUCAUUUCAGCUCAGGUUGAUGAAGAUUUCUGCAUCUUUCUUUCAAUUCACUAAAAUCUAAUUGACUUGACAAUUAAUCAGUGAUGUAAAUGAUAAGUGGUUGUCACCCCACUGACAAGUACGCCUCAGCGUCUGCUUGAUGCCAUUGUGAAAACGCCUUCUAGAGACGACUCGGUGUAACUAGCUGAAUGUAGAGGUGAUAUAACCCAGUUAGUCACGCAGCGUGUCAGUAUGGAGGUGUUAUUGUAGCAGCAGUUUACGCAUCAGUGUGGGAUGGAAGACGCUGUGCGAUGAUGUGCCCGCGGGGGUGAAGGGCUGAGUCCACAAUUAAUCUGGAGAAUUUAGCUGGGAGUUAGGAAAGUGGUGUUUUUCAAGUGUGCGUGUGAGUGUGUGUUUUCUCUUUGAUAGUUACAUCACGCUUAGCAACUCAACCCCUCUGUUGCUGUUCUCUGUUUUUAAUAACGGUUGUUGUCAAGUACUUAAAAAAAGAGGCUAAAAGGGUGAUGGAAAAUUAAUUUUUGAAACAUAUUGAUAAAAUCUACUCAUGCAGUUGUGAAAUCUACAGAGAUUCAAGAGAGAAGAUCAUUAGUGAUGGAGCGCACAGAGACACGCCACAUACACACAGAAACUGCACAACUGGAAUCACCUCCUUCUUCUGGUCUUUGCAGCCGAAUAUGAAUGGAGAAGGUCACUGACACACAUAGUGUGUGGGUGGACAUAAUGAAUGAAGAUUCAUUAGAGUUUCUGUGUGGGCAGGUGUUAUACAUGCCCUUGUUACAUACAGUACAUACACAACUGCUUUUGUAACACCACGCAGAGGGAGCUGUCCCUGCUUUGACUUGUGAAGUCAACCAAUCCUGAGAUAACAGGUACCUCUGAUUUAUUCACUUCAGCUGAGGGGAGUGUUAGAGUCAGUAAACAUGCUGAUGCUUUCAAAUAUAAGCAAAUAUAUCACUUUACUCUUUUUGACUUACCUCUUUUGGGAUUUUGCCACCUAUGUCACACUUGGAUAAAGGUGACUUUGCACCCCAGGGAGCUACACUGCAAAAACAGCACUUGUUUCAUAUUUGUUGCUUGCUCGAAGUCAUGUCCUCUGACACAUACCCCCUCACAGUGGCUACUGGCAAUGAAAAUUACUUGUAGAUAUUGUCAAUCUUGUCGCUGUUUGCUUGUUUUUAGGUCGUAAGUAUCACUAAGAGCUUGAAUUUCCAACCCGUUCACUGCUGGUACAGCCACUAGAGAUGCACUGAACCAUUAUUUUCCGAUCCAACGAGAUACCGAUACCUGGGCUGAGUGUAUUGGCCGAUAUCCGAUACCGAUCCAAUACUACUGUUGAGUGAAUGAACUGUACACCUUGCCCUGUGAGUGAUGGCAUCAGGCUUGGCAUUAGCCUUGUUAAAAAAAUUAACAAAUUAACAUAGAUAUACAUUUACUUAAUAUUAUUUAUUAAUAAAUAACAAAUUGCACAUUAUCACACAGCAAAAAGAAGACUUCCAUGUUAACAUUUAGUGCAAAAGGAUAGACAGACAUAGAAUAUAGAGCGAACAGAAUCGCUGUGUUGCUGUGUAUGAUAUUAAUUAUAUCAGAACGCUGGCUCGCCAUCAUUCAUCAAAUAUGAGCAGAAAUAUGUUUUGUUUUGUGUGUGAACAGAAUUUCCUGUCAAUCCUCGAAAUCCUCACAGUUCACAUUAUCACAUGGGCCAUGUUCACCAUCCCUCAGAGACCGCAGCUGCAUAGUUUAUUUGGCUUUUGGCGGUUUGGCAAAAACUGGAUAGAAAUAAUUGCUCCGCGGGGAAGCUUUUUCCCUGAUAUCUUAAAAUAGAUUUGUAAAUUGUCUUUAUACAGUAUGAGUGUUUGAUUCUGCUUACAUAUAAUAGCCUGAGGUCCAAGUUUAAAGCGAUGUCUCACAAAUUAAGAGGAUGGAAAGAGUUGAGUUUGAGAUUUCAAAACUGCUGACUUUAACAGAGAGUCACUUUGUUGCUCCUGACAAAGAAGUGGAGAUUAAUGAGAAAACGACAAGUGAGAGCUCUGGACCAAACUGGAGCUUCUUGUCUCUUUUGCCAAGCGUAUUUUGUGUGCUUUUUCUUUUUUUAUAGUGUGGCAAAUAGGAAGUGAUAGCAAGCCCUGAACUGUGUAAAUUCUUGGUUUCUUGGAUCACAGUUUCAAUUAGAGGAAAAUAAAUAAAUAAACUGAUAUCUCACUUGAAGCUCGGAGCAUCAAUUUCUCUUUUAAAUACGUAUAGUUUCUCUUUUUAUAAAUACAAGCAUACGUUUGAUUUCAUUAUUUGGUCUGUGCUGCAAGAAGCUGCCAGCUAAUUAAGCAAAGUGACGCACUGCAAGCCUUUGUAGUUUGUGCCAUUAGCCAUACUCGUUUAACACAAUAGAAAGCUAAAAUCCAAAAUGAAAUUAAGCCACUUAAUGUCAGCAGUAAAGCCACUUUUAUCUUUAUUUCAUCGCACCAUGGGUUUUAAUUAGAGUCAGUGUACUGUUUAUUUUAGAAACCCUUUUUGUUCCAUGGCUUAAAAAUCUCUUCACAGAAUAGACGAAAUUCAAUGUUCAGACAAAAAUCUGUGGCUGUCUCAGUGUCUAAGAAACUGAUUGGAUGAUUAGAUUUCCUGCCUGGCUGUCUCUCUACUCACAUAUUGUAUCUUCUAACACAUGAGUAGCAGGAGGGAGCAAAAAAGCCAAAGUUGAGUAAUGUGAGAAAGUACUGUACUUUAUCUUAAACGUAUCUGCCUGAGGUAACUACAGAUGUUAUCCGACUGUUGUGUAUUAAAAAGCUCACAAUCUGCCUCAUAGAUGUUGCAGAGUGAAAGUGUAAAGGAAGGGAAACCCUUGCAUAAAGUUCUGGUUCUGUGAACUACAUAUAUGACUUAAUGUUGUUACCUUCACAAUGGGAAGUAACCAGAGAAGUAGGCUGCCGUCCAACCUGUCAUGGAGUGGAUAAAACACCCAGUAAGUCCAAUCAUGGAAAAUAAAUAGUAGAUGACAGUUGAUAAGUUUGGAGCAGCAGGUUGGCGGUGAAAAACCAUUGCUGGCAUGCUUGUGAAGAGAGUAACCUGGCAGUUCAGUCAGUGUGGAGUGAUGGCCUGCUGUAAACAGAGUGGAGGAGGGAGACAAAAGGGCAAACUCUGAAAAACUCUGAGUUAUUACUUCUUUGUUAUGAACUUGAUUCUAUUUGGUAGAAAACACAUAACAGCCUUCUAACAUUUAAUUAAUGCUUGUGGUUGAAUCUCAUGCAGCAGCGAGUAAAAUAUAAAUAUAAUAAUAAUAUACUUGAUGAUAACAAAGUGCAGGUUAUCAUGCAACGUGUUAAAUAUAGACACAAAACACUGACUGUAAUUUGUUUCAGGGUUUGAUAAAUCACAUUGUGGGUGCUAAAUGAUUCCGUUUGCAUCUCCGCCUCCAAGUAUUUUGCACAUUCUUCGCUCUUUUGACAGACUCAAUCCAUGGUGCACAGUGAGUAGGUCAGCUUUGCGUACAUUUAUCAAGUUUGCACAUCUUUAUACACCCAAACCUUUAGUAGACCAGGUCCUAAAUAAACCAUGGCAUAGGCUUUAGCAGCGCUCAAGGACUACCUGACUUAAGGCUGGCAAUAUGGCCUCAAAUCGAUAUCACGAUAUCUUAAGCAGUUCACCUCGAUAACGAUAAAUUGACGAUAACUACUCCAAAAGCUGCUCACCCCCUCCUUCAUUAACUUCUUCUACUUCAGCCACUGCUCCAGCUGCUACAACUUUAGAACCGUCCUCCAUCUCCUCACCUGUCUUUCCCUCUUUGUUACAGACUGGAUGGGGUGGAGUCACGUUUCCGAUGUAGGACAGUGUCUUAAAGGGACAUGAGACCAUAGCCUACCCUCACACAUCCAAAACCAACUUUUAUCUAUUUAUGUAUUUUUGACACUGAAUAUACUGACAUGAGCAAAAUGAAGUUGGUUAUUGUCGUGAAUUUUGGUAUCGGUAAAUUUUCAGUUUAUCGCCCAACCCGAAUCUGAGUGAUUUAUUUUUGCAUCAGUUCAACAUGCCAACAGCAAAACACUUACCUUUUGACACUACAGCAAAUGUGAAUGCAAAAUCAAAUAAUUGAAAAACAGGCUAUAAUUUGACCAAAAGAAAAUGUAUAAUUUAACUAAGUUCAUAAGAAUAAACUGUUAACAGAGCGCUACAAACCAUGGACUCUAAUGGAGUCCAAUGUUAGAAACAAUUACGGUGUAUACUGUUUACUGUAUAAUAUUUUGUCCUUGUUCCAUAUCAAUGAGUUGAAGCUCUAUCAGAGAAAUCUGUCUCUACAGUCAAGCACAAACUCACUCUGUACUGAAGUUUUAGACUGAAAUCACUCACACUCAGUUCAUUUCAUACACUGAAAACUGAGUGUUGAUAUAACAUCCACAGCUCCUCAGCACUCCAUGUACUGUUUGGAUUUGUGCACCUUGAGGACAGUGUGCAGCUACACUCAAUUUUCUUGUUGUUGAAGCAGGUUCAGUGAAGGGUUUUCUGGCUUUUAAGUGAUAUCAAAAGGUUUCUCCUGAGGUUUUCCCUCUUGACAGGAAAGGGGAUUUGAGCUUUUUUUGCUAAAUCAGAACUCCAUCACAGCUGAAUCUUCAGGGUAAAGCACCAGCUUUCUUAAAGCUAACCUUUGUUACCGGAAUAGUGUGUUUCCCAGUUCGCUUUUUAAGCUUUUUUGAGUUUUCACAGAAUUUGGUUGUUCCUUCAGGGUCGCAGAGUCACAUGCAAUGACCAAGGUCCUAUUACCAAUGAAAGGGGUGAAUUAUACAAUGAUCAUUGGGUCUUGGGUUGUUCAAAAGGACAGCUUGAAGCCAGGAGGAAAUGUUUAGGUUAAUAGAGCUAUUGUGCACAUGCCAGAGGUCAGGAGAACAUGGGAUUUCUCAAUGGGAAUGAAAGGUUAGUGCAGGGACAGACAGACUGCAGCAGAAAUUCUGUAGAAAAUGCCUUUUGUUUGCUCCCACAGACAUGUUUGGUUCUCUUAAAAUCCUGAGCAACAAGCAUGAAAGAAAACAACAUUCACACAAAGACAGAUUAUUAUGUACUUCUUUGUAUGACUUUAAAGCUCUGCAUGAUUCUGUUUUAUAAACUCAAUAAUAUGGUCUGACUCAUGAUUAGUUACCUCAACAAGAUGUACAUAAGAACACUUUGUGACAGCUGUAGGAGGAACUUUGAGCAACUCUGAAUCUUGAUCUAUCACGUACUUCAGCACAGUCAUGGGAACCAGUCCACAACCUUUACAGGGUGUACUCAUACUUCGCUUCGGUGCUGAAGAGUCAAGAUGUCAAAGGUUGGAGUCAGACACGCCAACACUGCCAGCUGCAGUUGGUGCUGAAUUCUCUACCUAUGUCAACCACUUCAUCUUGAACCACACAGACGGGAAAGUGGUAACAACACCCUAUCUUCAACAUACCACUAAAGGGACAUGGAUAUAACCCCUCCUGUUAGCACUUGCUACGUAUGUUUUGGUGUUAUCCAGACAACCAAUCAGCACAGAGCCUCAUAAUCACAGCAUCCUCAUUCGCUCAAAUCAAUGCAAGGACAAUACAUUCAGAAGCUGAAUUUAAAACCUUGCUGUAAAGACAACUAGGUCAUGUUGCACAACUAAAAAUACCAAUGUACAAGACUUUAAUGACUAAACUAAACUUUUUACAUAUUCAUUUUCUUCUACAGCAGAAAUAAAACAGAAAGAGCAAAACAAUGAGUCAGCCUCUGGAUGUUUCUUUGAAUUUACCUUGAGUUAGUCAUCCAAGCUUUUUUUGAUUAGUCAGUUCGGAUAACUUCCGCCCGAGAGGCUCAUUCAUGCUUUUGGAAAUCGACUAACAACACAGCUCAGUGGAAAUCCAAAAUUAUAGCAAAUAGUUACAGCCAGACCAGCAAAACCAAACAAAGAUGAAUAUUUUUAUGAAUGACAUGGAUGGUAGGAGGAGGUCUGUGCAAGACUGGUUCGUUUCAUGUGUCCUAUUUGACUUGAAGUGGGCAUGCAUGUGAGGAGUGACAGUGAUUGUUCAAACAUUAAAACAGUUUGAAUGAGUCUUUAAGCCUUUGCGAUAAAGCCCUUAUAUACCCAUGAAUGCAUUGGGCAUGCAGUGUGUGAGUUUGCUAGAUAGGCCAUAAAAAUAUGAGACGGGAAACAGUGUCAUAACAACCCGCACUGCCGCAAAACAAGAUGCCCCCAUUAGAUAAUGAGUUAAAAGAGCCAAUCUCCACUUUGUAUUCUAAUGAUUUGCAUUUUUUUUGUGUUUAUAUCCUCUGACAAAACCUUAAAAAGUCAAAAAAAAGCUUGUAAUGUUCAUUAUUUUUUGAAUAAUUAGGUGUCAUAACACAUACAACUCUGUGAAUGUGCUCCAAAUAACCACACAAGUGAUUCCCACAAGGAAGUCUGCGGGUAUGCGAGCACAUUUAAAUUGCAUAACUCUGCUGUUAGGUCCACAUCAGAGCCCUCACACAGACUUCCUGAUCUGACAGUGGGCCCUCAACGCUCAUUUAAUUACAGCAAUGUGCCUCAAAGACUGUGAGUGCGGAGAUGAGGAUAGGGCCAGAGUGCUGCAUAAUAAACUUGCUCUUUUAUUUCUGUACUCUCUAAGAGUGAUCCAAGCACUAAUAUCUUAAACCCUCAAAUCACAGUAUCUUUGUUAUCAAGUGUCAAAGAUGGUUAUUUCAUGAAGUGCUCCAAAGUGGCCCCAAUAUAGACUGAAAAAAAGAAAAAAAAAGUGUAUUGGUAAUUUUGAAGUUAGGUAUAAAUGCACAUGAGCUGCACAAACAACAUAAAUAUCACCAGACAGAACAGCAAUCUUAGGUAUCUAACCUUAUACAACCAAAUCAUUAAAUCAUCUGCAAAUUCUAAGAGGAAAGAAAAAAAAAAACUUAACUUCCAAAACAAAACUUGGUUGUGGAAUGGGAGACAAUGAGCACAUGACAACAGAGCUCUCAUUAUGAUUAUCUUCCAGCGUGGGUUGGAACUUUAAAACUUCUAAAUCAAAGACAGUCACAAGACUGGCCUCUGGGAGGAUACAGCACUUUAAAUGAACAACUUUUUCUUUACUGCUUGAGAAUAAUGCAAUCUUUUACUUCCUUGUUUUACUUUGAAUGAACAAAGCUGCACUGCUUUUGUAUGAGUUUCCCCUCCCCUCAGUUUAUAAAGAUAAUAAUAAGCCCACAACAAAGACUACUCUAUCUGAAGGACAGCUACAGAUCUUAGUUUUAUAACAGACUCCUUCUGAGUAAAACCAAUUUCUCUAUUGGAAUCAAAAUGGACCAUUUACAGUUGUCUUUUUCCUCAGUCUUCAGGUUUGCCUUUCACACAGCACUGCCCAUACUCGACCCUUUGUAUUUUUCUCUUGUGUAAGACAAGAAGGACAUAAGAACAAACACAAUGCAGCCAUCUAAGAUUUGUUUUCUUGUUCAGUCACCGUGCCGUCUUUUGAAGCAGGGUCAGAUGUCUUUUCUAAUUUACCCUGUUAUUCUGUGACUACAGGGACUUGUUUGUCUUCUGAUGUUGACUUCUUCCAGUCUGAGUGAUUGCUCAAGAGUCCUUGUAUAAAGUUAUUAGAAGUUUGUUUGUUUGUUUUUUUUUCUAAGAUGUCUUUGUUGAAGUUGAUGGCUGGGAAUCAUCUUUUCUGUUUCCAUAUCUAUAGCCAAGAAAAAAACUUUUUCCCAUCAAGAAAGUUUACGGUGCUUUGACAAGUUGAAGAACCUUGUUGUACCGAACCCGAAAUAUAUCUAUAUGGGUAAAAUGACGUUGGUUAUUGUCGUUAAUUUUCGGUUUAUUGCUCAGCCCUACUUCUCAUAGUCUAGAACGGGGUGAGCACUUAAUUUUUACAUGGGGCCACAUGAGAAACCUGAACUGUGUUGGAGGGCCGAACCAACUAAAACUUCAACUUUAAAUCAGGGGGUUCACAUAUACAGAAAAGCAAGCCGAAAUAAGCAACUGCUAGUUAAAAACAAGCCCAAAAAAAGCGCACCCGCAAUUCACAAGUUUUACAAGCAACUUUUGAGAGAAACAAACUUUAAGUCGUUUAUAAUAAGUGAACUCUGCAACUCCAAGACGAAUAUUUUGCAGAUGCUUAAACUUGUCUCUGUUCACGAAUGCAGAUCUAAGAUGUACGUACAUGCAUCCAAACAGAAAUAAAACAACUGCUAGCUUUUCAAAAUAAAAGCAACACACUUGAAUAGCAUGUUGAUGAUUUGAUUGACGAACCUCACGAAGGGCUGGGCAGGGACAUCCAAAGGGCCAGAUGUGGCCCUCGAGCCUUAAAAUGCCCAGGUCUGAUCUAGAAGGUGGAUUCAGGGGCGGUCGGUGGUGCUAAAAGUUAAGGCAGCAGUGGCACUGGCAAGGCAGAAGCAAAAACCAGAUAUCAUGCAGCUAAAAUAGCCUUAUUGGGUGAAUACUUUAUGAUGAUUGUGAGAGCGACACAAAACCAGUGAAGCUGUCCGAACACAAUUUACACCCUUCCUGUGGAAACUGAGGUUAACUCUCCUGGAGCUCUCUUUAAAACUCACAGACUUCCUUUUCAUCAUGACUGAUAGUCUACCUGACUUUACCCAGCAGGUCCUGUCAGUAUAAUAAGCUGUACUCCCUGAGCUAAAGCCUCAUGCAAAGACUGACUGACACACCCACAGACAAAUCAGUAUUGAGUUUAGGCCUGCGGUGUAUGUUUUUCUAUCUGCUGAAACGUCAACACCCUUGGCAACAUCGCUAAACGACAUACAGGCAAACAGUUCACUAUUUUAGUUAUUCAGUUGGUUGAAUCUGGGACAGAGGUUGUUCAAAACUAGGAAAUAUACUGUAUGAUACACAGAGCAUGAAAACUUGACGACCCUUUGCUUAGAGUCAAACCCAGCAGGAAGUCCACUACACUGCUGAGUGUAGCUUCCUCCACUCACAGACCCCAGUGAGCAGCAGUACAAGAGAAUACAGGCAGGCUAGCUGUGCAGUCAGCUCUAACUCAUACAGCCUCACAGAACCCAUGCUCGGGUCUCAAAAGAUGAGGAAAAUAUUGUUUGAUAUCCAUCUCACUUCUCCACUGUGUCCCCAGAUAUCAAACUACACCACUUUCCAUUCUACAGGAGUUAAACUGAGUUUAUUCAGGGGUGUUUUGUUAAAUUUUCUCAUUCUCAAAUGUACAGCUCAACAUCAUUAAUGUAAAUUUCAAUCUCAGUCAUAGCAGAAUCAGAGAAUGAUAACCUUUUCUGGCCAUGUCAGUUAAGAAAUUAAUCAAUUUUCAUAUAGUUUAAUAGAUCAGUAGAAAAUAAAAACUAAAAAAAACAACUUACAAUCAAAAAAGUAUAAUUUCAGAAUUUAAUGACAGUGAAAUCAUCCCUGUGAGAGAUGCACAUCUCCAAACGUUGAAGUAACACAGAGCUGUUUGUCCAAAUGUGUGCAGACACAGACUCUGUGAUUUACUCACACUCUGUGUUGUGGCCCCCUGAGGUUAUUUCUGACCAGCUGACAGAGAGCUGACAUCACAUUGUUAGCAGCUGUGACCUGAGCUGUCACCAACACUACAUGGUCUUUAGAGGAAGACAAGAAGGACUAUUAUAUUUAAUGUACUGUCUGCUGGUUUCUCAAAAAUAGAGUAAAGUAUACAUGGAUUGCUUCUUUAUGUCAGGUUUAUAUCAGGGUUUUCUUUUCUUUCAGUACAGCAGCUUUCAGCAGUGAUAAACAUUUCUUCAAAUUCCCACAAUGUCAUAAAGUGAUCGUGGGGAAACCCGAGGCACAGAUUUUUCACAUUUAUUCAGAUUAUUGCAAUUAGCAUAAUCACAUACUUGAGCAGCUGGAGCCUUUGACUCAACUAAAGGUCAUAGCUGGACCUACAUGUCUUUAAGUCCACAGGCUUCACCAUAUUUCAUUUUCCAGUUUUAUUUAAUUCAUCCUUUUUUAUCUCAUUAAAUAUGCAUUGUGUGAUCACUACACUUCUUUCCUGCCUACAGCUUUUCUCCAGAUUGGCAUUUAGCGGCUCGCCACUUAAUCAAAGUUUUGCAUAUUAAUCAAGUACAAUGGGUGGAAACGAAGUGUUGAGGUCUUGGGCUGUUGUGUUAAAUGUUGCAGUGUGAAAAAAGUGGUUUGAUUAGACUGAAUAUUUAAACCUGUGUUUACAGAUGAUGCAAGUGUGGUUCGAACAGCUAAAAAACAAAUCUGACCUAUUGGAAAAAAUAAAAAUAAGAAAGAGGUUGUAGAAAAACAAUCAAAGAGUAGCCAGCCAGUCUUAACGCGAGGCCUGCACCUGCUUUUGUUGUGACAUGAUCAAAUCUUUCACCUCAUAUGGUCUCUAACCACUGAACAGUCAGUUUAAAAAUAAAAAGUGAUUCCGACAGUAAGCCCCGUAUGAGCAGCUGCCUCCCCUCUAACCCUGCUGGAGUACUGUUUGUGCAUCUAUAUAUUACCUAGUGUUGCAAAACAAUGUGAAUUGUGUGAUGGAAUAUUGUGAGCUUGGUUGUGUUGCCAUGCAACAUAAUACGCCUUAAAAUAUUACUCAAUACACCAAAUAACUUAAACAGUCAAUGCCUCUAUGCGCAGACCAGCUGCAUGUGAAGACUGUGAAGCUAACUUUGAAAAGCAUGUAACAAACCCUGGAACCUCUUAAACUGUGUGUAUUGUGUUAAAAAAAUAGGGAGUUAGGCGAUUUUUAAACAAUAAUACACAUCAUGUUUGGUGAUUUGCCUCCAAACUGAUUGAAGCCUUUGACUCUGACAGGGACAUCUGCCAUUUACAGUGCCCUGAGGAGAAACAGGCUUUGGCUUCUGUACAGUGUUUGUGUGAGCAUGUUGUGUGUAUGUGUGUGUGUACGCCCCUGUUUGUGUUUUCAUGUAUAAAUACCCACGUGUGAUUAUCUGCAAGCAUGGUCAUUCCCCUAGGGUGGAUAUAUCGUGAAUGACAAGCAACCAAAUGUCAGCUAUCCUUAUCCUCAUGUACAGCGUGCAUUAUGUAUGAGGCUGUCACCCCCCAGCUUAGACUGUAAGAACAACAUGAACAUACUCUUACACCCAGGGACGCCACCACACUAAUGAAUGCACGAAACGCACACACACAGACACACAUUGACAUGAUACAUUUUCUUGGCAAGGGUAAGGCCACUGAGUAAAUGGAUCGUGUUACCAAAUGUCUACCCUUUCACCCUUCCUCUGUAAAUAACAGCUUCCCUGAACCAGCACCAAGCAUGGCAUGUUAAGGCUUCACAAAAUGGCAUUAUUAUAGUAAUAAGCGCACUGAGCUGUGAAUGCGAUUGCGUGUUAAGAUGCAGAUGAAACGCAGUAAAUGUGACAUGUCAGUCACUUAACAUCUUACAAGUGUGUGGGAAAGAAAUUGCUCAGACAUCAAUUAGUGUAAUUUCAUUAGCAAAUGUGACAGAAUACAGCUGCUCUUGGCACUGGUUAUCAACAUUACGUCAUCUUUAACCGCUAAAACAUGCGAUUCAUCCAAUGAACAUUUGUUUUCCUUUCUGCUGCCUGCUCUCUGUCUCUUUGUUAUUCUUAUAAGAAUGGGACUGACUGAGAAAAGCUGUGUAAUUUUGUGUUUAUUUAAUUUGCUCACUGCAUAUUUGGAUAGCUGUCAUCAUCUUUCAAAGGUUACUGAAACAAUCAAGCAAAUCUUAAUUUGUGUCAAGUUUAAAAAUUACAACUCACUGCAUGAGAAAUAUCCCUCAUUUUCUCAUUGAGCUUUCUCUGUCUUGCUUGAAAGCUAAAUAUCUUUCCCUCUAAUUUGCUCCUGCUAAAGCAACAAAACACUAACAAACAUAACUUUGUAAGAAUGAAAUACAUAUUGUGCAAUCUGAGAAACUUUCAAAUUGACAUGAAUUUCUCCCCUAUGUCUGAUUCAAACACAUACAAUUGCAGGUAGGGCUGAAAUGAUUCGAGUUACAAAAAAUGAUUGAGGAAUUUUCUCUGCCUUGAGUACUCGUUUAUAAGCUCAAAUCGUCACUGUUUCGCACUGAUUAUUUUCAAGGUGACACAACACGCUUACGUCCCCACAGUAGAAGGAGGAAUAAGCACAGUUUUGGUUUUGCGGAGCGGAAAAAAUGAAUGAUGAGAGGGGCUUUUCCUCUGCUGAGCUCCAGUAGCUCAUUCGCACUUUGCCUCUGAGUCGUGGGCGGAGACAGCGCCGCUCUGCACACUCCUCUUCAUGCUACCUUGUAGCCUAACAGUGCCGGUGUAGUAGCAGAAGCAGGUAACAUAGGAGCUAUUCAGCUCUCGGACACUAAUGUCUUUAGGGGCGUAAUAAUAAUAAUAUCAUAAUUAGCUGUCUAACGAGCAUUGCAAUCCGCUAGCGCACACGCUUGUUCCGCGUUCCUUGUUUCUAAAAAAGGAAAACAAAUGAUUGUUCAUUAUUAAGUUAAAUGUUUUAUUUUCUUUUGUAUUUUUCAACAAAAAAACUUCUGUUUUAUCUGAUUACUCGAUUAAUCGAUGGAAUAUUUGGUGGAAUACUCGAUUACUAAAAUAUUCGAUAGCUGCAGCCCUAAUUGCAGGUUUUCGUGCACACUGUUGCAACCAGCAUGACUAUGCCAGAAUUUUUUUCAUCUAGAUUUUGCACCAAAAUAACAUUAAAAGAGUUUUAUCUUAACCCAAUGAUCAAAGUGCAGGUCCCACAAGCAAAUGACAUCAUCCUCACUGAAGAGGUCAGUGGCUCGACGCCCCCACACACGUCCUUCUGCUGCGUGACGUCCAUCUGUCUUUGCUUCCCACAUUUCCUGUCUCUCUGUCCAGCUUUUUAAACCCGUAGAGGCAAAAGUCUCGACAUGGAAGUGGAUUGCUGCUCUUUGCCAAGUGGAUGCCGAUGUCAGCCUGUUGGUCCAAAUGCCAAAUCCUCAAGAAAGUUGUAACACCAAUAGGGCUGUCAAAAACGACGUUCGAAUAUUCACUUUAAAAAUAACACACAGGUUCGAACCAUAGACUCUAUAUACUAUGGACAACUUGGUUCCGCAUACCGCCUGUGUACGGAUUUGAAGCCAAAAAGCUCUCGAUAUUUCCGUGUUUUUUCUUCAUUUCUUGAAACCAGCACUGCGCAGUAGUGAUGCGCGCAUUCGGGCGCGCAGUUGCCGAGACUUGCUGUGAUGACGCUCGGCUUACAAUAACUAUAUGUCAACAUCACAAGCAGAGGGGAGAAAAAUUUAUUUUCUGUGUAAUAAAUUUCUAAAGUUUGUCCACAGCCCCAUAAGCUUUGCUGGCGGAGGCGGGAUUUAUGACCUAUACUGCAGCCCAUCAACAGAGGGUGCUGUUCUCGGAGGGGCUUCACCCAGCGAAGAGGCAGACUCUGUCCAUUCUAUAUACAGUCUAUGGUUCAAACAUAUUGGAAUAUCUAGUUUACACAGCUUGUGUAUAGCUUACUCCAGGACAGCAUUUUUUCUGUCCACAAUGUCUGCCCAAAAUCAGAAGAACUCCCAAACAGAGCUUCGAAAGUUUGUUGGAGUGCCACAGACGGCUUUUGCUAAGUCUCACUGCAGGUGAAGCUCCUGCGGCCUGCCCCUGUUGUUAAAGUGCGCUCUCUCGCAAAGCAGCUGCUUAUUUUUUUUGUUUUCCACACAGUUUUUUCCCACUGUUUAAUAUUCAAAUAUUAAUUUUUACAUUUCAAUCUGUUCUUUUUUCUGUCUUUUUUUUUUUUUUUACAUUCGCAUAUAUAUUUGAAUUUAGAAUUUUUGUUGACAGCCCUAAAUACCAAUUACUAUUACAUGCGUUGGCAACAAGUCACAAUUAGGCAUUGAAUUACAUUUUUACUGAUAUUUAUUUCCCUCUGAGGAUUACCUUUCGGUACUUGUAUCUUCUUUGGUAUCUUCAAGUGUUAUUAGUUCAAUUUUACCCAAUGCUUUCCUUCAUGGCUAGAUACAAUUUAAGUGUACAUGCAUACGUGGGUCUACUGUGUUGACAAUGACACUGUCAGAAAUGUACAACUUAUUUUUGGGUAGCCUUUUAAUCUUUAGUUGAUGCAGUGGUUGUUCUAAUAAUACAGUGAAAGACAAAACUGAAAAGUUCAAGAAAGGAUCUAAUAAUUCAAAGCACAUGAUGAAGGAAGCACCCAAGGCUGCAGAUAAAGUGUCAGGGAAAAAAAUACUUUGGAUCGAGUGUCCCAACCUCGCUGGGUGACCAAGACAGACUGAGACAGCGCAGAUAAAAUGCUGAUAGUUAUGAAACAGAAUUACAUAAGCAAAGGUUUGAAAUGCAAAGUCUAAAAGCGUAAUUGUUUAAAGUAGGCCAAGAGUGUUUUUGUAGUGAGCAGGAUAAAUGGGAACAUUUCUCGGUGUUUGUUUCCAUUGGAAAAAUAUGGAUCUAAAAGUGGAUGAAGGAGAGGGAGAGGAAGGUGCUUUGAGAGGGUAACAUUCAUUCUGUUUUUAGAACAACUUGGAAUUUUAGGUUUGUGGUGAUGUAAUAACACUUUGGACUUUUUUUUUUUUGGCAGAGUCAUAAAAAAAGGUUUAUUUACUGAUCUGCAAUGAUGUUCCAUUGAUGUCCAGAGGCUUCGAAUGUUUCAUGAAUGGAGUAAACUCUGAGUCAAUCUCAGCGAUUUACUCUUUGACAUGCAAUAAAAGCUCAUGCAGGCCCCUCACACUUAGGCCAAAUUAAGCUUCGUGCCAGUCAUUGUUGUUGUAGGUAUUCAUUUAUGUGUUCAGGGUCUGCAGUUCAUUUAAAACCUGCAGAAUACAAACACAAAAAUAUGACUCAACAACCAAAAGUUAAAUAUGCACCCUCUCUUCAGCCUCUAGGCUUAGCUGAUAUUUUAAACAACUUUCAAUUGUCCUUUCUGUUUUUUCAAACUCUUAUCAUUGAAAGUGUGAGGAAGUAUUUUGGUUGACAGUAUUGCUUUCAUAAUGGAAGAGAGAAAAAUCUCCUCCCUCCCUCUCUCUCUCCUCUGAGGGUGAAUUGCUUUGAAACCCUCCCUGGACAGGAAACAACAACUUAAUUCAACACAACACCCUGACAGCACGCACAUGAAAGCUUCUGAGAGUUGUUUUUGUCCAACACUGGUGUUACUGGGGAAUCUAAUCUGUUAGCUGGCACCCAGUGCUGGCUGGCAUGUGGGCCGCGUGAGACGACUGAAGGCUGAAUGGAAAGAUUGUGUUCUAAUUUGAUGAUUCUUCAGAGACUGGACCAACAUGACAUUGUCAGCUGCAUGGAUGUGUGGGAGGGAAUAUGUAACGCUUCUUUUGGCUUAAUUGUUCCCAAAAUGACAUAAUCCAAACCAAACCAGGACAGUUAUACCACUAACACCCUUGCCAAACCUUCUUUGUAAAACUAUUUGAUAGACCUAUUUUUUAUCCAACACUUACUUGUAGUGCUGUAGAAUUGCACAUUAACUCAUUCAGUGCCAGGUUCAUUUAUGCAAUUUUCACCCAGUGACCGCAAUAGAAAUUUAUGUAUAUUUCAGGGCCAACAGAAUAUCUUGUGUUUGGACUAGAAUUAAGUGCAAUGUCUCAGAAGAAAGUGGUGCUUCUCUUCUUUUACAAGAUAAAAAAGUUGGUCUCUAACCCACUCCUGUGAUUAGUUAUUGCCUGCUCAAUGCAGCGUGGUCAUAUCAUCUUUGCCAAUCUGCAAAAACACAUUUUAAUGAAGGAGAGACUUUUAAGCAGAACUCUGAUCGUCUAUUUCAUUUCACCGCAAUGUAAACCACACCGACUGCUUGCGUCCUCCUCGUUGGGACCGUCGCUGAAUUUCGUCUCAGACUCGCUCACCGGUACCAGCACCAGCGGUACAAGAACACGCUGGAAAAUUGUUUCUUUAACUGUUUGCUGACGAUGUAAAGGUCCGGUACCGGGAUCUCCCCUGGAUCCAGAGACGGUAGCACCUCGCAUCAGGAGCAGAUGUGCGUUUACUCUUGGCUAAUGACUUUGGCAUUUUCCUACUCCACAACUAGGCUAAUUGGCACACUUGAUGGCACACUUGUCACUAGCGAGUACUUGUUUUUGUUAUUGUAAUAUGGUUAUGAUGUAUUAGUCGGCUUUUCUGCGUUCAGAACAACCUCAAACUUUGUCGCGUGUUGGGUAGGAGCGCCCUCUGGCGGAAAACAAAAGAACUUAAAAACCCGUUGAAAUCUGUCAAAGGCACUGAAUGAGUUAAUAGCAAUUUUUGUCUCAUUUAUUUUCUUCAAGGUCAAGAAUUAUACAACAAAACUGAAUCCCAAUUGAGAUGUAUCGGUUUAUCUAGUAGAAAUGCCAUGUUUGAAUGGACCAUGACAUCCUGUUUGAUGUCUGCAUCCAACAAUCAAUUUGAAAACCGUCUCUCCCUGAAUCUAUUCCUUCCACCUUUUACAAUUACUUCAAUUCCUUCAGUUGCAUUGAUCCAGGCGCCAUCUGGCCCUCAACCACUACCUGCACUGAAAGAGCCAAUCUCCUUUGAUGUGAAACACUCAGGUUGAUAUCUUGUAUGUCACCUGACUUGCGGGGUAAUUGAACUCUUGUUCGGAAAAAAGCUUUUUCUCUCUCUUGACCAGCUGUCAGGCACAUAUCGCUGCGGUGUGCAAGGAUAAAAAAGACCAGAUAUGCCAAAUUUUCUUCGAAAUGUAUGACCCUAAGUCUGGUUGGGAGUAACUCCAAUCAGUGGGCAAGCUUUGUAAGCCAGUGAGCAUGGGCAUUGUGCCAGCACCUUGUAGAACCUUUGCUGGAGGCUCUCAGCGCUCACAUGUGUUUUUUUUGUCUGCUUGCAAUCCAUCACUGCAGCACAUCCGACAGGCAUUGGAAGCAAAUGAGGUGUAGCCCCUUGUGGAAAUGAAGAAAAACAAUCAGCAGCAUGUUGUAAUGCUUUGUCUUUUAUCUCUGUCACUGUAGCUAUCUGAUUAAGCAUCAGAUCUAGAUCCUUUAGAGCGAGCUCUCCGGGGGAAACACAGGAAGAACAUAGCAAACAAUUGUUUCACUUGGCAACACUAAUAGGGAGUGGCUAUCCUGUUUCAUCUUCCUCCACAUAGAGCUACCACCAGCUAAACAGCAACCUGUGUCACUGUGGAAAUUCAGCACAUGCAACAAACCCAGCAUUUAUCUUGGAAGACCAAGGAUGAAUGUUUAAAGUUUAUGGAUAAGGUUUCAUCAAUUCAAGCUGCCAAAGACUAUCGGGUUAAGGUGAAGGAAAUUCUGCAGCCGCUGCAGAUAAAGUAAGGCUAAGAGAAGCUAAUAGAGCAAAGUCUGCAAUGUAGUUCACUCAAGCUGCACUGAUUUCACAAUUUGUCACUCUCACUAUCACUCGAUAAACAUAUCCUCUAAAAGCAGCAGUUUAUUUAAGCAGUGAAAUGUUCUGUCUCUUCCUCUGCUUUGUCAUUGCCACCACCACCCUGCACCAGCGCUGAGAUAACACUUCCAUCCACACCUCCUUUCCCAGCAUCCACCUUCAGGCCCGGACUCCGAGAUAAUAUGUCAUCCCACCUCAGAUUUCUGCAUGCAAAAUAAAUCUGCCAGAGGUGUAGACAUGAAGCCAAUAUCCUCGAUUUGUGACUCCUCCUUGGAAACCAAUAUGUUUUUUGUUCUUCUCCUCUAAAUCUUAACUUGGUACACUCUGUUAUGGGUCACACUGACACUUUUAUUUGGAAGGAGACAAAUUCAAACACUGUCGCAACACAACAGAAAUAAAGAAACUGCACCCAGUAUUGUGAUCACAUGUAAUUUGGUGGGAAAUACACAUGACACACCAGUCAUGUGCACUUUUAUUAGGAUUGAUAAGCUCAAUUUCAGUCAUCCCAUUUUCCAGAGAUUGUUCUUUCUUUAUGGAAGCAGGGAAUUGUUUGUCCUUCCUUUGUGACAACAAUAUCUCAAACAUUUGCAUGGAUUGUGAUUCGGCACCAAUUUUGACUACAUGGUCCCCUGGGAAUGACUCCCUGGCUUUGUGAACUACGGUGGCUCAGAGGUGCAAAACACAACGGCAAAAGAGAAAACACAACACAAAAAGAGAAAACACGAUGGCAAAUCAGAAAACCCAACAGCAAAUCAGAUAACACUAAAACGAAACAGACAACACAAUGACAAAAGAGAAAACACAACACAAAAAGAGACAACAUGAUGGCAAAUCAGAAAACACAACAGCAAAUCAGAUAACACUAAAACAAAACAGACAACACAAUGACAAAAGAGAAAACACGAUGGCAAAUCAGAAAACACAACAGCAAAUCAGAUAACACUUAAACAAAACAGACAACACAAUGACAAAAGAGAAAACACAACACAAAAAGAGAAAGCACAAUGGUUAAUGUUGGUGUGUUUUCUCUUUUUGUGUUGUGUUUUCUGAUUUGCCCUUGUGUUUUGCUCCUCAGGGCCACCGUAGUGAACCCUUGAUUUCUCUUCUACCAAUACCACAAGGUUGACAUUUAAGGUCAGACUGCGGUGAAAUGUGCCACACUUGUUUUAAUUUUGAUUCUGAUACACUCUGACCUAUCAUACAUCACACCAUCAUUAUACCUAAUUUGAUCUAGCUGAUGAUUCUGGCCAAAUGCCUACAAAACUAAUGAAAGUGAUCUUUCUCUGAGUUAAUUUUAAAUUACCUUCCGAGCUCAUACUUAUAAAAUACUGACAUGGCCAGCAGUUGCAAAAUGAACUUCUGUUUGUCGAAAAAUGAAUCUUAAAAACGAGGCUUGUAAUGCAGACCUUAACACUUCAGGUGUGUCACAGUUCAGCACUUGCUUUUCUUAAUUGUGUUGAUCAGCAUGGUUGUCUCCUUUAGAGGUUCCAGGGUCACAUGCUUACUCAUUAUAUGACUGCACAUAGUUACAGACACAGACUUUUCCACAGGCCUGAAAUGAGCUGUUAUGAAAAGUCACUGGGGCAAGCUGUGAGUAAUUUAUAGUCCAGUACUAAUGCAGUCCAUCGCCAAAUGCUCACUGCAACAGCUGUGACAUUCAUUAAAACAGUGGGCCAACACAGACGUAAUUCAAUUUCUUUUGCCUUUCAAAUGCAUGAAAAUGAGCUUGUUUUUGAUCCGGAAGAUUGAGCACGGGAGCUCAUUAGUUCACUCAUAACAAAGGCGACAUGAUCUGCAUUGAAUGAAAUACGAGACAUGCCUUCAGUUCAGGUGCUCUUCAUUCAGCUCUUUCAUGGACAUGAAAGGUUAUCAAAGAUAUUAAGGCUGCUCUUUGAAUAACACAUACAUUGAAAACAAGAACAAUAAUUAUGAGUCAACUCAACAGUGGUAAUUAAAAUGAUGUUUUCCUGCCUCUAUGGCAACAGCGAGAGCUAAAAGCAAUACCAGCGAAAUGCCUGCUGCUGAAUACUGUAUAUCUUUAUGGAGCCAACCGGGUUGAAAGAGAUUCAAACAUGUUUGGAGAUUAACUUAAAACAUCCAAAACACUUGGCAUUCUUCUUGGAAAAUGACCUGCUUUAUUCCUGUGGGUAAAGCCAGUUACAUACAGCUAAUUUAAUGCGUUUUCCAAAAUUUCAAACUCCAUCCAAAAAAAGCAAAACAAAACAAAACCGGACAUCUGUGUUUUUACAUACACCUUAAGUUGAAGAGGUUAACUUACUAAGGGCAGACAGAUCCAUCAAGGGAAUUUGAUUUUAUUCUGCUGCUCUGUCAUUCAGCCAGGACUGAAUGGUUUGUGGUCUUCUUAAUCUUUUUUAUUAACUGGCAUAAAGUUUUGGUUCCCAAGGAGUGUCUCCCUGCCAUGAGCCAAGAUGAGGCUCACAUUUUUGGAUCAGGAAAAUAGAUUGUCUGCUGCUAAAACCAGAACAAAUAUCCAUGGCCACACAGAGAUACAGAUCAUACAAAGGUCCGUAUUGAGUACUAGCUGACAUUUGCCCUCGCUAAUUAUCUACAGUUACAAGUUUUUGACUGGCCUUAUUUCUCCUUUGUUUAAAGGCCCUUUGGUGUAUAAUCACCUGGAUUAGGACUGGGCGAUAUGGCCUCAAAUCAAUAUCACAAUAUAUUAAGCAGUUCACCUCGACAACGAUAAAUGGAUGAUAACUACUUCACAAGCUGCUCACCCCCUCCCACAUUAACUCCGGCCACUACAACUUUUGAACCGUCCUCCAUCUCCUCACCUGUCUUUCCCUCUUUGUUAUGGACUGGAUAGAGUGGAGUCACGUCUCUGAGGUAGGACGGCAUCGUAAAGGGACAUGAGAUCAUAGCCUACCUACAUACAUCCAAAACUAACUUUUAUUAAUUUACUUUUUUGACACUGACACAUGGGCAAAAUUAUGUUGGUUAUUGACAUAAAUUUCGGUAUCGGUAAAUUUUCGGUUUAUCGCCCAGCCCUAACCUGGAUAUCAAAAAAGGUUGUUUUAUUUCUGUCAGCUCACAGCCAUGUUUCUACCAUGGCACAAACCAAACUAGUUACAUAAUCAUUUUCUAAAAUUUGAUAAGUGAUCCUGCACCCAUUGGACGACAAAGAGAGUGGGUGUCAGAAGGCCUGUACGUGGCUUAAAACAGACCUAUCCAGUCUGCUUGUUUGAAAGAAAUAGAGUCUGUCAUUGUGAAGUUGUUUUAUCAGGUCUGUGCUAAGGCUGCACGAUAUUGGAAAAAAAUAAUAUUGCGAUUUUUACAACCCUGCGAUAUAUAUUGCGAUAUUAAAAAUACAGUAUUUUCACCAGAUGACCUGAAUAGCACUUAAUGUUAUGCUGCACUGCUGAAAUCUUGAGGACAGUUAAUCUGCUCUGAUCUUACCUCUUUUUGUGAAUGUUAGUAGAACGGCUUCUGUCCGUCUCAGAGAUAUUUUUAGCUUUUAUUGUGCUGGGACGUUAUUGUGGCAACAGGUGAACACAGAAGACGUGUUUUGGUCGACAUCAUCCUUCUUUUAACCGAAAUAAUUCCAGAUAACUGACUUUCCUUUUCUUUUUGGCAACAAAUCUUCAUUUUCGGUGGUUUUCGCUUGUUCGUUGUUCAUUUUGCGAUCGUUGUUGUUGUUGUUAGCGGUUUAUCGCCCAGCCCUAACCUGGAUAUCAAAAAAGGUUGUUUUAUUUCUGUCAGCUCACAGCCAUGUUUCUACCAUUUUAAAACCCAUACAGUUCUUAUUUGUUGGGCUUAACAGUCAUGAGUAAAGUUCCGAAAGUAAUUCUCAGCGGACACACGUCUCCCUCCAUGUGCAGAACAUGUGCAGGGGUGGGUUUUCUCCUCCCUGAUUUUGAUUGACAGCUGGCAGGGUAGUCUGCUUGUUUGAAAGAAAUAGAGUCUGUCAUUGUGAAGUUGUUUUAUCAGGUCUGUGCUAAGGCUGCACGAUAUUGGAAAAAAAUAAUAUUGCGAUUUUUACAACCCUGCGAUAUAUAUUGCGAUAUUAAAAAUACAGUAUUUUCACCAGAUGACCUGAAUAGCACUUAAUGUUAUGCUGCACUGCUGAAAUCUUGAGGACAGUUAAUCUGCUCUCACGCCACACAUCGUAUUUCUCACGCAUUUAAAUGAACAUGGUGAUGUCCACCAAGUUGCACCUCUUUAUGGAACAGGUACGAAUCAACUGAGUUCCUCCGAGAGUUCAGAAGCUGCGUGCCACGCGCAAGCCAAUCAAAUAAAGUAUAUCUACUGAACAGCCAAUCAAAAAGCAGCAUUGCUGUAUCCGGGUAGAUUUUGAUAUCUUGCGGUUUGACUACAGGAGAGGACAGACACUCGCCGUAAUAGAGCAGGUUUUUAUAAGGACGAGAUAGACCCGAUGAUUACAGUAAGUCAGUAACCUACACAUGCAGAGACCUCAACACCUCAUGGCAUAUAAACUCAUAUGAUAAACUAAAGCCCUAUGCUAUUGCUAUUAACAGCUGUAUUGACGGAUUUAGCCUCCGUACAGCCAUUUCCAGCCAUUUUCCCCUCCACAAAAGCUGCAUUUCUCAUAUAUCUCAAAUAGAAGUUCUGAUACUCAUGACAGUGUAAUGCUCAUGUACCAAAGGAUUAAGUAUCUCCAUGUUUGUGAAACCUAUACUAAAGUAAAAUUCAUCUAAAUGCUCCACAGUGCAGAUUUUAACAACUUUACGACUUAAUACGUAUACAUUAAUGAUUUUAUUCUCCCAAAUAAUAACUUUAUUCUGUAAGAUAUAAAAACGUUUUUUUCUAAUUGUGCCCCUUGUGCUCCGUUGUAUUUAAGAGAUAAUUAUACUAAUAGUUAUCUUCACCCCCCCCCCAGGAAAUCUCACUCUAAGCUUAGUUCAAAACUUGAGAGCCCUGACGAUAGUCAAACGAUAUAUCGUUCAGGCCUAGUCUGUGCACUCUUUCUUUCCUCUUACUUUCAUAAUUUAGAAGAUAUCCAAUGUCAGGUUCAAGUGUGUUCACAUUUGCAAACCCGAUGCUUGAGUUUAGAUAUCUACUUUUAUAAUAAGGCUGUAUAACAUGGAGCCCUGCACCCCUGGGGUUUAUGACUCACUUAAUGGUCCCUGUAAAACUCUACUGACCUCAAAACUAAUAAAAUGCAGUAAAGCAUGAAGAGAAAACACAAGUCUUACCUAUCUGAUACAAACUAUUUUUAUUUUUACUUUUGGGGGGGAGUAAUGAAAGUUAUAAGUGUCCUCAACCUUGUUUUAUGAAUACUAAAUCUAUCUACUAAAACUGAUUAUUUUUACGGUGCAAAACACAGAAUAAGUCGUAUAACUUUAACCAGAUCUCUGUGCUGUAUGGAGCAACUUGCUGCUUAUAAAUAUUACAAAAGACAAAUGAGACAGUUCAAAUCUUAACUAAAGAAACAACAGCGGCACUGCUGGCCAAACAGUCUGGGGCACACUGCAUAAAUUGAGGUUAUGCCCCAAGUAAAAAGCCCAAGUUCAAUCCCAGCCCGCUCUAACCACAGUCUCAUUCAUCCAGAUAAAGGCACAAAAUGAUUCUGAGAAAGUACUGAGUGUCUGUUUUCAUAAUUACAUCCUCUUUGAGCUUUAUAUGCAAGUGGGAAAGUUUAUUAAGGUCAGACAAGCCUUGUACAAGAGUAUGUUUCUAGUCGAAAUAGCCUAAAGUGAUCAGCUGUUUUUUUUCUAGUCAGUUCAGAGAUAAAAGAGACACAGAAGAUCUACUGUAAGUGUUGUUUUCACUCCUUUUGUGACUUACUUGAGUGGAUCAGAUCGAGUUAUGAGCUUUUUUUUUAUUUUAAUAAUUUUCAAUUAUCCAACUAGACACCCACCUGAGGUGCAAUAGAAAUGUUUGUGUUGUUCCUAAGAUUUACAGUGUGUUGACAUAUCCUUUUUGUUUUGUUUUCUUUCUCUGUAUUUCUUGAGAACUCUAAAUCUGAAAUCCCAUCCAUGGUUAUGAAAGGCAUUCAGUUUUAGUGACAAACUGAAAAGAGCUUUUUUGUUUUGUUUUGUUUUGCAUUUGACAGACAGAAAACAUGUGAAAACAUGUGAAGACAGAAAACAUGCUGCUAUCUAUCUUUCUCUGUGUUUCUAUUCUCUAUCGUGCCAGAAAAUCUUAAAGAAAGGAGACAUGAAGAAAGACAGUGUUUUGAACUCUAACUCGUCAUUCUUUCUGCAUUAGUUCAAUAAAUUUGACUCUUAAACAGAAGAACUAUUGUGAGGUGAGCCCUGGUUCUUAGAGAAAGACUAAUCUCCUGUUUCCAUGUUAUUCAAAAGCCACUCCUAAAAUCAAUACCUGUUACUGUGCCGGGCAGCGAACACACACAAAAAAAAAAAAGAAAAAGAAAAAGAGGAGAAAGAGAAACGGUCCAAAGUAUUUGCUUUUCUUCCUGGUUAAUGAAAGUCCAUUGGUUGGUACAAGUAAGGACAGAAGCACUCCUUCAUAUGUCUUUUUUUUCCUUGUUUUCGGUCUAUUUUUCCUUCAAACAGGAAACCAGCCAAAAGAUGCAUUAUCAUCAGCGAGGGGACUGAGGUAAAAGUAAUUUGUCUUUGACAAAAUCAACAACAACAAAAGAGAUCUUUAAAUAAAAAAAAAAGAAAGUUUCCAUUUAAUUUCCCCUGCCUCAAACUUAGUGGGACUGUCUCAAUAGGAAAGGCUGUUUAAAAUACAACAUUCACUGGUAUUAAAUUCACUUAAAUGGUUACAAAAAAGGCAAUAGCGACAACCAAUAGCUUGAAGAGAGAGAGAAAAAAAGUUUGUUUCUCAGCCACUAGUGGCAAAAAAAAAGGUGUUGGAAACAACCUUGGUCGUCAAGUGUGAUUGAAUGGGUAAGAGGGACAUGAACAGGGAGUGAGUAAUGGUUCUUGUGAAAGUGUCUUCUUAGACCUGCCGCCUCUGUCAAAGAAACUCAAGCAUCUGAGUAACUGGCGGUUCAAUUUGAAGAGAAGGUUAACUCACGAAUCCAAUGAAAAGUUUUGUUUGAACACAUGUGAUGCACUUUUUUAGCGACUUUUUCAGUACAUAUCAUAGACUAUAUAGAGUGGACAGCGUCUGCCUCCUUCCUGGGUGAAACCACUUUAGAAAUGUAUUACACAGAACAUAAAUCUUUCUCCCCCUGCUUGUGAUGUUGACAUGUAGUUACGGUAAGACUGGUUUGUGCUCAAGUGCUUUUUUUACUGUGCAGCUCAGUUUUUAAAAGUUAUUAGGGGGUUUGUGUUUUCUAUGAUUGACACCUGAUACAGCCUAUUACCACAAGUCUCGGCGACUGUCCCGCCGAAUGUGCACAGCCAUUCGGGCAGAAUGAAUCUCUGGCAGACAGCCAUCCACUGUUAAGUUUGGUCCUAUUUAAGGCUUCUACUCAACACAUUCACACCUGUUGCAUGAUUUUUAUUCUAUUUUUUCCAGAUUGUUUUUACCUUUAGUUACAGAAAAACUUAAGAGAGACAGAAAAUGUGGGAAGAAAACAUGUCGAACUAUGUUAAGUCACUGGACUCAGUAGUGGACUCAGUGUGACAUAAGCCAUUGUGUGGUGAUUACUCUACCAGCUGGGCUGUCGGAGCCCCUGGACACACGUUUGAACAUCAUCACCCCGGUCCACUUAGUCCUGAAUUUUUCCACAUAUUUCCUACAGUGUUUUGAAACUGACUGGUGUAAGAAUGCACCUUGGUUUCUUGUGGAAAUUUGGCUUGAGAGCUGACAGGUAUCAUUUUGAAUUGACUCGGGAUGAAAAUGUAAUUUUUUGCUUAUACACAUGCACCUAGAUUUUUUGAUUUACUUUGAUUCUAUUUUGAUUUUUUGUUGUGAAUGUGUGAGUAUAGCAAAAAGAUACAGUCUAGACCUGCUGUCUUUGUUCAAAGCCAUAAGAUAACUUUUGUUCUGAUCAAAACUGAUUGACUGAACAAUUGUAUUAGUCCUCUGAAGUGAAGGUCAAAUGAUAAUAUUUCUUUAUAUUUUUUAUUUUUUGGUCAUUAUUUUUUGUUAUGUACCCCUUAGUUAACAAAGUCUACUCUUACCCUCUUUCAUUGAAAGCAAUCAUGUGAAUUGCAUUGUAGUGGUGUGCCCUCAGCAUGAAUGUUCAGAUCGUUUUACUUUUGCCGCUUGUCCUACAUAAAACACUCUAAAAUGUGUAAUAAGAGAUUGGGGGUUAGGCUGCACAAAUCCAGGUAUUUUACCAAAGCUUCGCUGUUUACAAACAAGAAUCUAUCUUGAGGAAUCGUCAACUGAAAAUCUAUUCAACAGUGAUCUAGUAAUAAAUAAUUUAAUUGAGGUCGAGAGAAUCCAACAUAAUCCAUCAUGUGAGCAGGCAUUAGGUGACAGACGGACAAAAUCAUGUGCAGAGCCCUGAAAACCAAACCACCGUUGAUGUUGACAAUCCCACCUUGAGCCUCACUGUUAUCCCUGAUUUUGUGAGGGUUUUUUUCUCUCCUCGUCAUGCACUCAGGUUUUUACGCUCUGAAUAAAACAUCACCUGAGACCCGUCCUUCGCUGUGCUCCAAAUGCCACCACUUGUUUUUCUGCAAUACAACAGCUAAAUCCCAAAACACACACACACAUGCAGCACUAAAGCGCACAUACGUAUAUAGACUCAAAUAAAUCACCAACACCAAGAAGUGUUCAUAUAAAAGUCGAGAAUAGCUUUAGCCUUGAACAUUUCAAUAGAGCCUCUGUUCACUUGAAGUUCUUUCAAGUGCGCUAUAAUUUCAUAUUUAUCCAGCUUAGACAUCCUCCUCUGUUCAAAAGGUGAUUCAAAUGUGUUUUGUUAUUUAUGCAACAUUAUUCAUUCAUUUAUUCAACCUUUUGUUGGAAAUCAACCUUUAAAUCACCGGUGGAAGAAUCUAUUUGCAGUGACAUUGAGUCAAUGACAAAGGAGAACAAAUGAAAACAACAACACAGAUAUAGGAAACACAGCACCAUAAUCAGCUCAUUCAGAAAAACACGACAGCAGCUGUGGUUUGGACUUUUAUCAGUAGUUUCAAACAGGGGUGAUUAUGACAUGUAUGCAGUCACUGAAAUGUUAAGUAAAGCAAGACAAAAAUGCUUCGUUUAAACGGUACAUCAUCACCACUCACCAACCUCUUCCUCGCCCACUCACACACCACUGACUAUGUGACUGAGGGCGAUUCGAAGUUCAGUGUCUUGCCCAAGGAUACUCUGAGACUGUGGGCGCUUGGAUCAAACGACCAACCCUCUGAGUCAGAAAUUACCCACUCUGCCUCUGAGCUUCAGCCAGUUCUUCUAUCAUACUCAUAAUGUUUUCUUAUUUGGCCUUUCUUAUACAUAUUUCCAUGUGUUUUCUUCUCAAUAAAGCAUGUUGACAGGAUAGAAAUUUGAUUAAAGAAAAUUGACCUUUUUGGCUCUAUUUGUCAUUUUAAGUACUGAUGCAAAUUUAUGAAGUAGAUAUCUAACAAUAAAAUAAAACAGCUUUCGGCUCUGGGCAGAUAAAGGAACUUGGCUGCAGAUUUCGUCUCCAUUGAGAGUUGUACAUCAUAGCCAACAGAAAAACACACAUAAGUACUUACGCAUGCACAAAGCCUAACUGAUACAGAGACAAGAAUCUGUUAAACAAAGCUUGGAGCAGAGAAGCAGGAGAGAAUAGAAAAAAAAAACGGAAUAAUAUUUCUGAAAAACAGAGAAAUCAUACAGAGACAGAGCGAUGUAAAUGAAAUAUAAAGCAUACAGUGUGUCCAGUAAUGUGAGUAAUUCCUGAUUGGUUUUAAAAGACGGGUAUGGUGCAGUGAUGAAGCCAGGGGCAUCAUUUGAGUGACGUUGCAAACAGCAACCUGUGCUAAUACCAGGAGAGAACCAGGGGUCUCAACCUUAUGAUGUAAGACUAAUAAUAUAUUCUCUAAAGCCUCCAGCAAACAUCACUUAAACCAUUAUUUAUCCGUGUCAUUUAACGAGAUUAACCAUAUCCACUAAAAUAUUUGCCUGAAGCGUUUCUCAAUGUUCUUGGUUUCACAGCUUCAAAAUGACACAGGGCUCUUUUACUGACUGAGUUAUAUAUGAAGCCAGAGGCAGUUUACCGGGAAAAAAAGAGCCAAUAGCCCUUUUCACACAUGCAAUUAACCCCUGGAAAUUUUCUGACAUAAUGUCUGAAAGCAGCAGGUCAGAGUGGCAAGGGUUUCUCAGCUUCAUACUCUUUACUGCUCGCCUCAUUAAAUAAUUUUGAACUGCUCUGUUUAUACUGCUGAAACUAUGACAAGAGUAUGUCAAGCACGUUCCACUCAGAUUUAAUGAAACUUUCAGAGAAUAUCAGGACCUGAUUGUCCUGAAAUUAUUUAGAAAAUGCAAAAAAGUAAAGGGUUAAAAACUGUGAAGAGCUGAAGUACGCAAGUUGCUGCCAACCAAAUAACAAACAACUGAACAACAAAGAUAAGGCUGUGAAUGUUGUAAAUUUACUUAAUGCAUUUUUUUUGUUCCAUGAUCACUUGUAAAGACUAUUAACAGUCGCACUGCUGAAAAUUGUAUCUGUUUCCAAGCUUUUGAUAUCAAUUCUGAUUGUCAUGUUUAUUGAUGACCAGCAUUAAACACGAAUUAAAGCUGAGGAUAGCAGGUUUGCAGUUAGGGUGUCAGUACUUUGGUCACAAAUUACAGUAUUUGAAAACUCUGCCAUGAAGUUCAGCUUUGCACGUCGUUCAUUACAGUUAUGCUGGCUUCCCUAAUGCACAAAAUGGAUGUCAAUAGCACCUUUUUUUACAAUCAGUCAAGUAGAUGUUGAUACACCAUACUCUGAACUAGGGCCUGACCGAUAUGUAUUUUUUGGGGCUGAUGCCAAUACCGAUUAUUAGGGAGGAAAAAAAUCUGAUUAACGAUUAAUCAGCCAGUUUGUUUCAAUUUUUUAUUAAGUUGUAAAAAAAUACAUAUUGUAGAUAUCUACAAUAUAUAUCUUAAGUAUACUAUAUACUGUAGAUAUACUGUAGGCUACUGCUCUUCACGCCAAAAGAAAGACCGAUUGAUAAAACUCGGGAUCGGGGAAGCGUUUUCAGGUGCACUUCCUGCUUCCUGUUUACCUGUAGAAAGAUGGAUCCGCGUUGUGUUUUGUUGGGGACGCUUAUUGUGUUGUGGUUACAUUUAUUUGUGACUCUGAAGUCGCCAUGUUUGUUUUCGUUUGGGCGCGCUCUGCGUACUUCACUACGUGCCUUUUGCGUACUACGGAGCGUCUGCGCAGACCAAACAAGCAUCUCUGUAAACCCAAUUCACUCCACUCAGCCUUAUAUAUGAAGCAUGGAGCAGAUUAUUAAUCGGCAUAGACGACCUACAAUCCGACCCGAAAUACAAAUAGAUCCGGAUGAAUCAGACUGGCUAAGGUGUUUAUAUGAGACAUUUUGAAUCUGAUUGAAAUUGGCCGAUUUAAUCAGCUCGCCAAUAAAUAGGUUCGGCCCUACUCUGAACUACAAGUCUACCCUGUUUUCUUUUUAAAGAAUGAAACGAAAACAUUAGCACAGUCAAUACGAUUCAUCCUCUGUGCACCAUGAAUGUCGGAUUUCAUGCAAAGAGAAUUCAUGCAGAUGUUGUUAAGAGUACUAAACUGAAAGGCUAGCCGAAAAAACAACUCAAGCCAGGCCUUUGUGCACUCCAGUGUGCAUUUGAAACAUCAAAGCAUACCCAUAAUUUUUAAGCAAUGAGCUGUUUGAGUUAUAAUCAAGCUUGAUGGGAGAAUUUAAUUAAUUCCUAUUAGCUUGUAUGACAGUGGUUGAUAGGCUGUGAAAUAAUGCAAACAAGGGUUGUGCAACACAAUCUUGGAGUGGAUGUAAAGGGAACGUGCAGUGCCUACAGUGGGUGUAAUUACAAACGGAAAGGCUGCAGGGGAUAGAAAAAAAGAACAAUGUUAUACAGUAUGCCAUGGGUAAAAUAAAUUACAUAAAGUUUCGGUCUUUUAUUGUAGUAAAUAGUGUGUUCUGUUUCUACUUUAAAAGGCAGUUUAUCAACUUGAACAUCUGAAAAAAGAUCACGAGAAAUUAGUGGAAGAAGUGAUAGAAAUAAAUCCUUUGAGAUAAAAACUGAAAACUAAAUGUCUCUUUGUCGAGAUUCCUACGCAAUGUUGGUGAGGGAUUGGGGUUAAUUCAAUUUCAGGCAGAAACUAAAAUUAGUGAUUGGCUACGAGACAAACCAUUAGCUUUAUAGCUUUGGUGCCCCUUGAGCAAUUUGUUCUUUCUGUAUUUGAUAAGCCAAAUCUCUCUCACUUUGUAUCGCCGGCAGCUCAAGGUUAUGACUCAGUCAAACUUCACCCAAAUGGUAUACAAGAAAAAUGUCUGCUUUUUUGUAAUGACGUUCAGCACUUAGAGAAAUUGAAAAAGUGAGGAUGCUAAGUGAGAGUUACGCCAAGAGACCAAACACUUGUGUGUUAAAACAUCAGCAGAAUGAGUGAUUUUUGUUUUAUGAGGUUUUUUAAGGCCGGACAAGUCUUGAGGACCAUGAUGCAACAUUUCAGUGUCAUGUUCAACCUCUAAAUAUCACUUCAGAUUUAUCAUUUGUCUCAUAAAGCCUCAACAGUCUGGCUCUGAACUGUGUGUGUGUAUGUGUGUGUGUGUGUUUACAAGCUCCAAUAUUAACAUGGCCACUUCCCAGAAUUAAAAAUCCUAAUUUAAAUAAUGAUCUUGCAGAGAUUCAUUCUCAAAGCAGAUGCAUUAAACAAACAGAGUCACAGCUCGACAAACAACAUCCACUGCAAAGACUUAUGGUUUAUGCAAUGACAUUUUAAAACCAGCUUAUAUACUAAAAGUGUAAGAGUAUGAAAUGUGGGCAUCAAUCCAUGCAUUAUAUACAGCUAUAAGGAAAGUAUCGUAUAAAUCAUAACAGCAGUACAACUGUCUGAUGGGAAGCAGAAUCCUAACAGGACAAUUUAACAUGUGACUGAACAUUUUGAUAGAAAGGGAAGCAGUGAAUGAGACUUCUACAGGAAUAUUUAACACACCUUUGAAUGAAAAUACAACAAAUAAGAACACAUUUACCAUUAUUGCUGUUAUAAAAAACACACUUAUAAUUUAAGUAUCUUUGUAAUGUUCUUUCCAGCUCUGCUGCUGUUGCCUGGAUUGCGGAACAGGGUUAGGAAACUCCUUUCUUAUCAAAGAUGGUAAGAGCCCAGUAGCUCCUCAGGCUGCUCUCAAAUAUAAGAGCAGCCUGGUUUCUCUUGCUAGUCUCAGAAAGAAACCACUGUUUUUGUCAGUGUCAACAGCUUUCCCCUGAUUGAUUUGAAGGCUGUGAUAAGGUUGCCUGCGCUGCCCCUUUGCUGCUGAGAAUUAAUCACUACUCUUAUGGGGUUUGACUAACUGGAAUCAAAUAUUUAACACAGCUGGAAAAUGUGUUUUCAGAGUUAAUGAAAAGAGUCAUGUGUUCUCAAAUGUGAGUAUUAGCUUUCAUCUUUUAUUUUUGGCUACCGGACUGCUUAAACAACGUGGAUUACAUAACAUUACGUAACAUAAAAGGUAUUUAUCCUUGUAAAGUUAAUCCAGCAAUAGACCAUCCAUUGAGACCACUUUUGAGAAACUGUCAAGUAUUUUGAGGCUGAUUGUCAGACCAAAAAAGUAGUAUUACAUCAACAUGUGACAGCUAUAGACAAGAGACACCUUUGACUUUAUAGGAGGAACAGCCUCCAAGAAUCACGUCUCCCUACAUUAAGCCAGGAAACUUGACAGAUGUCUAAAGGAAUGACCUGUUUUAAUGUCUGUUUUGCUUGGAAUGGGACCAUUACUUCUUAAAUAUUAACAUUAAUUUUAUUCUCAAAGAUGUAAAACCUAUGAAUAAGAUGAUAAGAAAUCAGGACAUUUUCAUUUGUGGUUUCAUGUAAACAAACUAGAGAUGGGAUUUAUGGCUCUUUGAGGAGCCGUUUCUUUCAAAGAGCUGUUCAAAAGACUGGCUCAUUGUUAUAUUUAUUCACUUUUCACAAGUCAAUCAGGGGUUACUGUCCAUUAUCAUGAAAACAAUCAUGGGUCGCAGUUAUACGAUAUGAUAUGGACCAGAAUAAUUCAAACUUACCCAUCCCACUGUUAUGUAUUCUGUUGGUGGAAAUUAUUCUGAAAUAUUGAUUAUAGUUUCAUUACACUUGUGUUUCCAUUCCAUGAGGCAGUGUCAUAUCUCCAUGUUUUGACAGUAAGAUCACCAUUUGAAUUUUUCGUUCACCUAAAAGAGUCGCUCAAACAACUGACUCAUUCGCCAACAUCACGUCUCUCAAACUAACUUCUCUAAGAAACAAGCUCAGUCACUCUGUUUCCACGUUUAAAAGGCAUCCACCACUCUGAAAAGCCAUCGGUUAGUCAGUACAUUUACAUGCACUUAAAAAAAGAUGUAUCGCUUUCGUCCAACUGAAACUGGACUUUUAUAAAUCAUGUAACUACCUUAGUCUCACAGAAACUGAGUACAGGACCAAAUACCUCACAUUAACCCAGCAUCAGAGUCAGAUACAGUACAUUUUACCUUGAAGACAUACACAAGUCCAAACACAUCAGGGUCAUAUCUGUUUAUAUGCACAUACUCUAUGUCUGUGCGUGCAUUUGAAAAUAGGACAUAAUGAUGAACUGUCUUUUUGAUUCUUACUCAGUAUUAAAUCUAUAUCCCCCUGCUUCUCUCUGUAUUAUGAAGAUAAAGAGGCUCCUUGUUGCAGUUCAUUUAUCUCGACUGCCUGCAAGCUUUAAAACUGCUCUAUGGUAAAUAACUCACCCUAUACACUCCUAUUCAUGGACAGUAAAGAUCCUAAUGUGGGGAUUUUUUUGUCUCUCUGUUAUGCCAAUAUUGGCUGAAAUACUUAAAACAAGCUGUAAAUCCACUUAGACAAAGAAUGCCGCUCUCUUCUGGUCCCAUGGGAGUCAGGGCAAUCAUCUACUGCAGAUUUAUGACUUACAUGUUGGACAUUUAAUUUUCUUUCAGUCUCUGUUAUAAAAGCAAUCUAUCUCUGUUAAUGUGCAUAGCAGGCAAUCUAAUCAGGUUAGCGUAGUUAGUUACCACGUCUAAUUUACCAGCAGCAUAUGAACGGCUCAAGAAACCAGAAGGUGACUUUGAGAAUGUACAAAGAUGGUGAGACAGAAUACAUAUGUAUUCAUUUUAUGUAUGAGACACUUACUAUGUAAAUCUAUCCAAUCACACCUGCCUAAUGAGAAAGUAUGGAGGGAUUAGGAGGCUGGGAAUCUUACUCUGAACUGUAAAAACAGAAUGACAACCAGGACAAACCCUAUGUCAUGUUCACAUAUCUGAUUAGUAAUGAGAUGUGGUUUUCAUAAGUUAAAAGCCGACUAUUCAUAUUUUCUAACUGUGUAUGGAAAUGAUAGAUACAUUGAUUAUACAUGGUGAAGGCAGUAAAAGAAUGUCAACUUGGUCAUAAACAAAAAUGGGAGCAGGGUUAUGGCAUUUCUUCAUACUUUGUUUUUAUGCUUCCAAGUAGGACUGGGCGAUUAUAUGACCGUGAUAAAUUUCAGUUCGAUCACGGUGAUCAGCUGAGAGCAUAUUUACUCGAUCAAACAUAGAGGAAAUGUGCGUCACAGCGGCCAAUCAGAGUCAAGCUUCUCCUGCUCACUUCUGUAAGUUAACGGAGAAGUAAACAGAAUGACCGAACAUGGAGCUAAACGCGUUAUUUUCGCAUUUUCGUCUCGCUUUUUCGCUUCGCUCCGCAAAUUCGCUGGUGUGUAAGGACCUUUACUCCGGGCAGAAAUCAUGAGCAGAGCCAGACCCAUGGUGAACAGCCAUCUGCCAGGGCAAGACAGGCUAAGAAAGUAACAUAAAAGGAGUCUCAGGGAGCGGUGGAUAGUUAGUAUGCAGCCAAAGCAACACUUCAUCCUGUCAGCUAUUUACCUCUUUGCUCUGCCCUCUGUCAUACUGCAGGUCUCUCUGCUUUCUUAUUAAUCCAAACCCAUGGACUGCUAUCUGGAGGCUUCACACUAUGGCACAAUGAUUGACACAGAGCAAUGUCCAAGAGCAUACAGCAAACAAUCAAAAUAAGAGCUUUUUAAAUAUUCAUGGAGGGUAUGGCAGAUGAGUUCAUAUGUUCAAUGGCUUUUCUACUCUUCAGCACGGUACAGAUUUGGUAUCUGAAACUAGAGUAAAUACAAGUACAGAUCCCUCCUAGUCCUGAACCCAUGUCUUGCCUCGGCCCACAUUUGUUCAACUCUUGAUCUUGCCAAGCUAAUCUCACCCCAACAGGCUGCUACAGCAGUGCCCUGUGUAUUCAGUCUUGUCAGUAGUGAAACCCAUUCCCAGACGGCACUUUUCUCAGCGAGAUCUCAGCAUGGCAGCUAAUGGGAAAAAAACCCUGUCUGUGCUACCUUCAGCAUACAACACAAAAAAGCAGCACAGACAACCUGUCUUUACCUUCUUCUCUCUUUUUCCUCAUUGUGUCUGUCUACCCCUCUUUUCAUUCACUGUGUUGAGCUUAGAAAACCACCAAUCCCAAAUCCCGGUCAUGGUUUUUUAGAUACACUGCAUCUUAAUUCUCCAUUCUUUCUGAUAACUAUUGCUGCUGCCCGGCUGCUCUCUGCUGGAUCUGUGGCUACACAUACGUGUGUUAGCAUGUUGUGGAAAUUUGCUUAUGUAAUUGGAUUUAAAGGAUAAGAAUAGUGAAACCCAUGCAUGCACUCAAGGUUUUGGCUCAGUGCCUCUCUUGCACAGCUGCCAUCUGGCACGGUGACAGUAUUGCAGCUGUAAAGGCCUUCAGAAGGCAUGUUUCUGCUCUACAAACACUGGGACUGGUUGUGGGCCAACCAAACAAAAUGAGACUCACUUUUUUUUAAGCACGAGUUUGUUGAACUCUCCUCUCCUUUCUCAGCCUAAACUGCAGAUUCUCUGCUUGGUUUUUAUUGGCUGUGGGAGAACUUGUGCGGUACAAAAAGCUUUCAAGUCCAUCCUGAUAAAUGAUGGCGUUUCUGGUCGAGACAGAAUUGAAAAAAACAAGCAAGACUGAUUUUGGUUGAAGCAAGACAUCUGAUUUAUCUUUACUUUAGCUUAUUCAUGAUGUUGGUGUUUUCCUGCCAUAUGUCAAUUUUUGUUCUGCACUUGGAAAUAGAUUGACUUAUCUGAGUUAAAGGUCAAAACUAAAAGGGGUUGCAUUAUUUAGAUUGAUAGGCUUGUGAACCAACUUUGUGGCUGUAGCUGUGGUGGAGAAUUACUUUGACUUUUUAUCUUAAGUACAUUAAACUGUGUCAAACUGCUGCCAGGGGGGAAGGUGUCGGACAAAAUGAUAAACUGCAUGCUGCCAAAACAGGCGUGGUUUACACUCCUGAUAGGCGAUACUCUCUGACAAAAAAAACACCCCACUUAGCAAGGAGAAAAAGGUUCUCCACUUUUUUCAAAGGGACCCAACAGGAUACAAAAAUAUUUAAGGAGAGUGGACUCAAUGUAAAUGGUUCAGUGGGUGAUGUUUUACUGCAUGCCAACAACAAGAUUAAAAAAAGAUGCUAUCACAAUGGACUGUAUCCCACUGGUACAUGAAAUGUAAAUACACAGCAUGUUGGAGUUUGAUUUCUGCCAGCAUUUAUCUUUGAGUCCCUCCCUCUCUGCAAAGAAUCCUGCAGACUUCUGCAGGCAGGUCCAUGGGAGAUAGUCAUGGUCUGAGUAUUUACUAGAUAUUUGACAGGGAAAUGGCAGGGUUACAGCAGGGCAAGGAGGAGAUAGAUGGACUCGCAUGAAAACAAACUCAGUAUUCACCUUGAAAUGUAAACAAAAAGGCAGAAACUGCUGAUGACUGUAAUAUUACUCUUUUUCGUCUAGCAUAUUUUUGCUUAUGUUUCAAAAAGUCUACUGCAGUAACCUUUAAUAAUCAAUGAGUUUAAUUAGUAGAAGAUCUCAGAGAAAUGAAUCCUGUUAAUUAUGCAGAAUCGAUGUCAAGAGGACUUGUGAAAAAUAAAUAGCCUGGAGGUUUCUUCACAGAUAUGUUUAAUGCCUUGAUUGAAGAUUUUAACGUUUUAUUUCACAAACACGAGGAUUCAAUAAAGGUGCAAAGCUACGAGCUAUGAGCACACUUUGAAUCACAGCAGACAACAGCAGCACGCUUCCAGGUUUCCACUUUGAGAAAUCAUUAAUCUAUUAGAAGAGUAUUGCAAGAAGAACACUAAACUAAGUACAGUCAAUGUUCGUGUCUGUGCGGGCUUGUGUGUAGCUGCCAAUUAGCUUUCACAAAAGUGAAGAGUAAGCUAAAGUGAACAGCAGGUCAAACAAAGGGUCCAUGUGGAGCAUGCAUUUCAUCCAUUUGUGUCCUGGUCUUUAAACUUUAAAAGCACAGAAAAAAACGAGUCUAAAUACGAGCCACACGAGCCUUUGAUGUAGAUGUUUGUUACGCAGCUGUGUCAAGCAAAUAAUUCUGAUUGGUCAAAACUCUAUAGCAACAGUCUGUUAUUUCACCACAGCACACUUUUCCUACUGACACAGAUCUUACCAUAAUUUCUAGUGGAAAUAUUGCAAAUAUAUCAACCUGCUGGUUUAUUUGGCGUUGGUCUGUAUACAGCUGAAAAAAAGGAAAGAGAUGAAAACAGUGGAGACAGGGAGGGCAGCGGGGUGAAUCACAAAAGCUGAAUGAAGUAAACACAGGAUGAAACAGUAUGGGAGUCUGCAGUGUUUAAUACACUGAUGUAAAAAACAUAUUUAUAUAUUUAAAAUGCAUUAAAAAGAAAAUGAUGGUGCAAAGUCCUUUUUAGGACUGUGAUGAUAUCAGAUCUUCAUCCAAAAAAAUAUCAGGGUCAUCAAAUAUUUGUGAUUAUGCUCUUACUUAAAUGAUUAUGGAAAAUUUGAAAAUAAUAAAAUGCACAAUUGUUAUUUAAUUUCUAAUAAUAUUCAUAAUUAAAAUGUACCAUAAGCCCUGUGUCUAAAACCUUUUUGAAGAAGACAUUCUUCAAUUCUAUGAUUCUUUGUGUUGCUUUCAUUUGGAUUUGUUUUCUAUCUUGCGUUUAGGUUACUUUUUUUCCUCUGUCGUCCAACUGUGCUUUUAUUUUGACAUUUCCUAUUUCCAGUAGAUUUUAAGUCACAGAUACCAGCAUAUUGCAUCAGUUCUCGCCCUUGUCUUACUUCACUUUAUCAUACAGCUAAAUGGUGAAGAAGCCUUCACAAUUAAAUAUUAUUGUAGCCCAAACUUGAUAAGUUUUAUUUAAUAAAGACAUAGCCUUUUUUGAAAUAAUAUAAUGUCCAAAUAAAUAGGUGGUGUAAAUCUAUUUUCCAGGUUUGCAUCAGGCUCCUAUCUACUCUAACAGCCCAUUCUUAUCUCAUUUAUUAUAAGUUAGCUCUUACUUAGUGCCCCAACAGAGGAAAUAAAGUCAACAGUCAAAUGAUAAACAUUACUUGAAUCUCAGGAUCAUCUUUAACAGCUGCCUCUAUUUAGCUGAAUAAUGUCAUCGUAUUUAUCCCCGCAGCUCCUCUCAUUCUCCAAAGUCUCUCAUUUAAAUGCUCGUUGCUUAGCUUGAUCAGAUAAACCAUAAUCACAGCACAGUGAAGAUUAUAACCUCAAAGCUGAACAGUAAAGAUUACAGAAAGGAUUUUAGGAUCAGCAACAACAUGACAACAUAUGCACCUUAAUGAGGGAUGAAGAUUUAAAGAGUAAGAAGAUAAUGACCGAACAGCUUUUGACCACUUAUCGACAAUGUUUAAGAUUUUUUUGUUAUAUUAUCUAGUUUGCUUUAAUAUUCAUUGAUUUUAUUGUCUUAUACUCUAACCAUGUUUUUUACAUUUUAACAAUUUUUAUCCUGUUGACUGAGUUCUCUCCUCAUCAGUGACAGAUUAAUAUGUCUUAUCAGUUUUCUCUGAGUGUGGAACUUCAGCAUGAAACAAGAUUCAGGUUUAUGUUGGGUUUUUUUUAUUAUGCAGGGUGUUAGAAUGACUGGCAGGAACAUUUCCUGAUGUUGAAUGGAGGGAGGGUAAAAGAGUGUAUGGAAAGGACAUAUGUGAUAAAUGGUGGAGAGGGAGAAGGUUUUAUCGUCACUGAGCGCCACAACUCUUCAUCACAGGUGACAGAUUCUGUAAGUCCUGAAUGAUAAAACUUGAAAAGUGGUUUUACAGAAACUUCUCAAAACAUGAAUCAAAAAUGUUCUGAUUUUUAGAGUAAUGAAAUCUGAGUGUCUUGGGCUUGAAGCAAGCAGCCUUGAGUUGAAGUGACGGAGGAGUGACAGAGUCGUUCUUUAUGUAAAUAAUGAAGCAGAAGCACCAGGAGAUCAUGUCAAUGUUUGAGUGUUUUUCUGCUGUUUGCAAGCCGUAGUCGGAGGCGAAGAGGUGAACAGAUGGAAGCAUAAAUGAUGGAGAGGGAGGGCAUGUGGGGAGUGGGAAAAAAAACGACUAUAACACAUGUAAUUUGCAUAAACAUGAGUAAAUGUUUGUGAUGGCAUGGGAAGAUGAUGACUAAAGAGACAGAGGGCUGUAAGGUGGCAGAGAAAUGGAGGAAAAUGGAGGUAAAAUCACUGUUAUUUACAGUAUGUGCCUUCAAAUUUCAGCUUUGUGGUAUGACAUAUGAAAAAUACUGGAUAAAAUUUCCUGUGACGCUUUAUAUAGAGCAAGUGUAGAUUGUUAUUUUUGGAAUUACAGAGAUCCAAAACUAACUCAUUAAUAAGAAACAAAACCGAGGACGUCUCAACAAGGCUGAGCUCCGCUUUCAUCCAUCAACUGGGCCUGAGAAAAUCAGAUAACAAGAGUUCAAGUUCUGGGAAACUAGUUGUUUUUUUUGCACGGUAAUUCAAGAUGUAAAAUGAAAUGUACCAUCAGUGACAACAUUUUUCUGCAUUUCACGGCCCUGAAGUCACAUGCACAGCUAGUUCAGUGUGUUAUGUAAUUGUGAUCAUCUCUUUCUCCGUGUGCACCAAAUGAGAGUGAACUGCAGUGACACCCUGCUCAAGCCUGUACCUUAAAUAAUUUAAGGCCCAUUAGGUCUUGUCAUUUUCGACCAUUAGUCAAGGUGUGAUUUUGCUCUAUUGGUAUUCCUGACAAUACCAGGCCUCUUUUGUGUUGAAUUAUAACAGACACGAUUGUGAUUUUUUCACAGGAGCUAGUGAAUGUCAGGUCUCCUUCCAGAUUUCAUGUUAGCUUGAAAGGAUUUCGGAGAAAUAUGCUGACGGGUUUCCACUUAAAAAAAAACGUGUUCAUGCAUGUUUGAUUCCAAACUGGAGGAAAAACUGAAUUGAACAUGAUAUGGUAUGAAUAAAAGAUUAGCUGGUUGUACAGUGGAGAUCCUUUUUUCGACUGAAUAUGUUUGGCUGUGUAAAGAAAGCAAUUGACAGAUGGUUUGAAUUUUGAUUGCAAUUAAGUUACCAAAGGAACAAACAGCAUUUUAGAUAAUCAGCCACUGUGAAUUAAUUAAAGUGUGAAACAGCAACCAGAAGCUAUAACCUUAAAAUGCUGUUUGUUGAUAAAAAGAAUCAAUUCAGACAUGUGCAAACUGAUAAACUGUUAUGUAGUCACUUUCUGUUUUAGCCCAUUCAAACUUUUAUAGUUGAGUUUUAAGAAAUCAAAACACAUCUUAAAUAGUUGGUUGUUUUUAGUCACAUUGUUGACCCAUUUGACGGUUGUAAUGUCCGUUUAUUUGGUCCAAAGUUUCAAGGGUAACCACUAGGGCUGUAAUAUCCUAGUCAACUGGUCGACUUAUUGGUCGAUACAUGGUGAGUCAACCAAAGUUCUGAUUGUCAAUUUUUUUCCGCAUCAAUUUACAGUCUUUUGUUAAUUUCAUCAGGGGAAUGUACCAAGUGCUAAUGGGGGUGUUUUGAGAGCACCCCAUUUCACAGGUAACAGUCUGUCUCAGAACACCUCCCUUGUUUUCACCAUUUUGGAUUUGCCCAAUCCACUGGACAAUGACUGGAGACAGGAAGAUUGAAGAGCGUCCACAUUAGUCAACGUGGUCCAGUGGUUUGCUGAAUAUUCAUAUUUCAGCCUUUUGUGUUUAAUUGCUCUCUUGUGCUGAUAUAUUCCCUCUAUUAGUCGAUUCUUAUUAGUUGAAAAAUUUCAGGGUUUUAGUCAACCAAGGAUUUCUUUAGUUGAUUACAGCCCUAGUAACCACUGUUGUUGAUCAUGAUCAUGACCAAGAGGUCAGCCGCAACAUGUGUUCAACUAUUUGAUGCAGCUGGUCUUAUUCUAGCUUUGUAACUGUCAUGAUAAAGAGUGAAAAUUGUCUUUUUAAACGCCUCAUAACAUCUGAAAAAAGUGCAUUAAAAAGAUUCAGUGAUAUAUCCUCUCACACAAACACAGAUGCUUAAUGGCCUCGAAACAUCUGUCUUUGUCAGGUUUCACCAUCUGUGUUUGAACGCUAACAGUUGGCCUUGUGAAAGAUAGGCAGACCGGUUGAGAUGUAAACCUGCCAAGACGAUCUCGUCUGUUUUCAAAGCCCGUGAAAAAUAAAAGAGAGAAAGCAAAGUUUGUGGAGAAACAAGAUUGAAAAAGAGGAGGGGAGGGGUUAGAUGAAUGAAUACCUUUGGGGAAUAAAUGAGGAUAAAGAAUGAGGACAUGACACAGUGGAUGGGACAAAGAAGGAUGGGGUAGAUCUAAAAGCUUCUCCAAUCUUCCCUUUUUUCCCUUCAUUUACUGAGAAGAAAUUCAGAGGACGUGACAGGAUGAACGGGGUUGAGGAAUGAAGGGGUAAGAAACACAAUGGAGGCCAUUUGGAAGAGUUUAUUUUCCACUUCAUCAUCAAAAAUGGACACAAGUUAGUGAUGAAGUGGCCUUUUUUUAGAAGUGAGUUAGACCCAGCAUGAAAUUUGACUCGCAGCCAGUCUCGCGGUAUGAGCAACUGCUGAUGCUAGCUGGCAAGGUUUCAAGCUCGAAACUAGAACUGGCUGUGUUACCAUGAGCUACGAGGUCUACCCGGGUCAUAUUUCUGAGUUUUUGACUCUCCUGCUGUUUUUCAUUUCUUCCGGAGAUGUGGAGAUGAGCUCAGUUACCCUUGAAGACCGGAACAACUUUCUGGAGGACCAAGUUUUGAGAAGUUUGAAUGACCGCCUUUUACUGUACAAAAAAAAAAUCGCCCAAAGGGAUCUAAUUUAUCUGGUGUUUUCCUCUGCACUAAUAUCUAGAAGAAACAUGAUAAUCACUCAUGUCCUGUUUACAUAAUCAUGCUUAUUUAUUAUAAAUGGCUCCCACUGUUUCACUCCUUGAGUCUGCCCAGCAUCCCCUGCUGCCUAUUUCUGUCUUCUCCUUUGCUCAUUUGCCUCUCUAGCACCGUGAAUAACGAUAAUUUGCAGAAUUUCUGUUAUCUCCCCUCUCACCACGACAGCAUGCUAAUAAAGCAAAGGGACAGUCAAGCUCUGUUGCAUCUUAAAUAAGCAGCGGACCGGGUGAUUUACAGUGCAAUGUGUGUCUUAUUCAUGCACAGUUUAGGUCACAGAUUUUGCCUCAUUAUUCAUGAGUCUAAGUGGUCUUGUAAUGCCUCACUAAGUGCCCAGCUCUGAGUAACUAGCUCUCACAUCCAUAAUGUGUGCGCUUGUGUCAGCAGGCCAUAUCUGAAAGCCGUCAGUGGGCUAAAUGUUGUUUUCUUUCGACAUUUCUAUCACUUAUUGAUCCCCUUUCUUUUUUUUAAUGACCUUUAAAAGAAGAAGGGUGCUGUAAGUGCAAAAAUGAGGCAAACUCAUGCAAAUAGACAAAUGAAUGCAGCACUGGAAAUCUUGCAAAAUGCUCAAACGCAGGUGAAAUGUUGCAAGCUGCCUGUUUGGGCUUCCAUCUUUAGUCAGCUAUAAGUGUAUUUUGUAGGGUUGGGAGAAAAAAUAGUUGCAACAUAGUAUUGCCAUAUUUUGUCUGGUGAUAUAGCCUAUCAUCUCAUAUAUCAAUUUUUCAAAUUAAUUGCUAAUAUGAAGUCAAAUAUAAGAUAAUGGAAAAAUAAAAUCAACUGUUUGUCCAGUGAGGUUGGCAGAGGUGACAUCAUAGAGCAGGAGAAAGUUAGCGCCACAAAUAUGUAUAAGGUUUGCAAGAUGUACUACAUGGAAUUAAAUACAAGAUAAAUAAGACAAACAUAAAGGAAAGACAAAUGCUAAAUUAGCUAAACAGUUAAACAUUUUUUAUAAUUGCAAUUUAUUGUAUCGUUAUACUCACUGUUUUGCAAAAUGUUUAAAAUUACAAUAAUAUCCUAUCAUGGGGCCACUAGUGAUUCCCACCCCUAAUAUUUUGUGUAAUAAUUUACAUGCAAAGUGCAUGCUUGGCUGUCUUUGAGGUUCCCCCCACAAAGUAGGAUAUUGUAUCUGUAAUCUUAUAACCAUCAAAAAAUCAAAACUUUACUGGUUUUCACUGGAAGACGAGUAUUCAGCCCAUGUAUUAGGUGCUGGAUUCAUGUGUAUCAUCCAAUCAUCCGAUUGAGUUUUUCUGCACUGUCAACCUAUUUUCCUUUCAAUUUUUGUGAAUGUUUCUUUUGCCUUUUGGACAUUUUUUGUCUUUUUUCAUCUUCUCCCCAGAGAAAGCCUAACCCUUGGAAAGACAUCAAAAAGCAUUUUAUCCAGUUGUGUAAUAAAAUAAAUACUCUGAGUCUCCAGAAUGCCACUUUUUCUUUUUAUCAUCUUCUUUUCAAGUCCGUCAUCAUCAUAAAAACUUUUGCAUAGAACUUGAUAGAGUUCAAUCUGGUAUGAUAUUCAUGGGCUAACGAAGCUAUCUUUAAAUGUGCUCAACAAAUUAAACCAACAAAGACUCAUCACAAUGUAAAGCGAUGAGCAAACAUCCACGGAGGAGAAGUUUAAUCUGAGUUUGAAGUGCUGCGGCCUCCCCCAUCAUCUUGACUUACAAUACAAUCUAUCACUUAAUGCUCCUUUUGAGUGUGCUCAGCCAUUUAUUAUUCAUCUGAUAACAUUCUGCCUAACUAGGAGAAUAAGCACGAUGAAAGAAAUACGAAGCAUGCAAUGAUCCAUUAUGGGUUUUGAUUGAAGAGGAUUUACUUUUUAUCAGGAUGAGUGAUGCCUUGUGGAAAUGAAUCAUAACAUCAGCGUUAUGUUUAAUGGUGCAAUGUCUUGGUUUAAUGUAGCGAAGAAAGUAAAAAGUGAUAAGUAUGAUUCUUUUGAAUUUAAUGCCAACAUAAAGUCUGAGAGAUGCAAAUUUAAUCAGCUCUGAUUUGUUGCUGUUGUGAGUUAAGUUGGAUAAAAUAUAUUAAAAUGUCACCCUGGGAUUUUUUUAUGGCCUCAAUAAAACUGAAUAUCCACUUGAAAAGAUAGUACCUGUGCUCACACCUCCUGGCAGUACUGCAGGGACACACAUCCUAGCCAACAUCCUGCAUUACAUUACAUUACAUUACACUGCAUUACAACCCUCCUUGGACAGCAUCCAAACUUCCCUCCUCCUGUUAAGAAUCAUGAUCUACAUGGGAAGGAAUUACAGUUCAUUACAGGUCAGGCUGAAGUAAACUUCACACCAAACGUGUACCGUAAAGGGCGUUACUGUUAGAGAGUCGAGUAUUGUAAACAUUUAAAAUUCUCCAAAACAUAUUCGAUAAGCAGAUUAGUUGCACUGAAAUUGGCUUUUGAAGGAGACAGGGUUGUAUGUGAUGUAUCGUGCGUGCUUUGCAUAUACUGCUAACCAGACCUUUGUGAUGUGUGACACAAAGCUGGCAUGCACAGAUAUAUGCACGACUGUAUUUGUUUUAAUUAAUAAUGAAAUUAGCAGCUUAAGAGACAAAUGAUGCAGUACAAUUUAACGUGAUUAUUUAAAUGACACCAUCAGUGUUUUCUAGUUUGUUUUGAUACAUGUAAUUUGAUUGUUUCUGCUGUUCCCUGUCUCUCUCUCCCUCCCCCUCCCUCUCCUUACUCAUUCUUUCUCUCCUUCCCCUCUUCUAUCUCUCUCUCUCUCUCUCUCUCCCUCUCUCUCUCUCUCUCACUCUCUCUCUCUCCUCAUUCCUCCCCAACCCAGCAGCAACAUGGUGGCUGUCUGGCAUGAGUCUGGUCCUGCCCAAGGUUUCUGCCUGUUAAAAGGAAGUUUUGUUCUUGCCACUGUCACUCAUGUUAGAUGAGAUGGGCCAAAACCCAUCUUAGGUUGGUUCUUGAUCAUCAAACAAUGAGCGUGGUCGAGACCUGCUCUUGUUCUUUGAAAAGCAUAUUGAGAUGACGACUGUUGUGAAUUGGUGCUAUAUAAAUAAAAUUUGAUUGAUUGAUUGAUCAAUGUGGUUAUUGUUGAAAUUCAAUGUGGAGGAAAAAUAAAAUGGUGUAUAAUUACAUGUUUCUCUGUCAGCCAAGGUUUCAAAGAAAGCAACCCUGUCGACAAAAAUAGUACAAAUAAAUUAUUGCAUAUUUCAUGGCCUGAUUUUUAGAACACUUUAGGUAAUUUCCUCUUUUUUGUCGAUUGAAACAUCUUUUCAAAAAAACAAACUAUGGGAAAUAAGAUUGUUUUGACCUUAAUUGUGAUGGGAAUGGGGAUGUAUUUGUAAUCUUUCAAGGAAGCACUGUAUUGGAAACUCAGUAUAUUACAUGCUCAAAAGCAGCAGCUAAGCGUCUCCAGUACAUUCAGGAAAAUAUACUGCACGCUUUCUGCUGUAUUCAAUUCAAUCUCCUUUUGUUUGGGAUGCUUUCAGUUACUGAAUUUUGAUAUAGUGUCUUUGUCCCAUCCGUCUCAGGGGUAAUCUCUAUCAUUCAGCUUUCAGUAUGGGGCUUCUGACAGUUUCACAUACAGGCUUUCUCCUGUCCUUCACUUGUCCUAUCAGCCCCCCAUUCUGACAACAGUCCCUGUCUUUUCCUCCUGGUCCUCUGCUCAUCUUGACAAUUUGCUUCCUCUUCUCUAUUUCAUCAUCUGUAUGUGUCUGGACUGUAAGUUCCAUUUGUCUGACAUAGAGGUUUAAGUUUUCACAGACACCCUCUCCUAUCAUUAGUUCUUAGUCCACCUUCAGCCACAGGCUAACAGACACUUUUUGACUUUGGCACUUUCCUUCUCUCAGAGACUGAUGGGUGCAUAGAAGAGUCCCCCCCUUUACCCUGGCUCUCUGCUCCCCCCCACUUUCUUAUUUCAGUCACUGUCUCUCGACUUCAUCCCCUCUGAAUGUUAAUCCAGUCUUUCCCCUUGUACGCCUGACACCUCUUCCAGGAGAAGAGAGGGCACAUGGCAGCAAUGUGAACGAUUGGACAGGCUUGCCGAUACAGCUUUCUUCAAGUGUAGUAUGAACGUUUUCCUGCAUAAUCACAUCUGUCACCGACAUUGUUUGUUGUUUGAUGAAUUACUGGCAUCUUAAAAAGUCACUUUCCAGGAACUAAAAGGGGAACUCCUCUGGUUUUGCGCAUUAUUGUGUGUUUAAAACAUGAGUGAAAUCUGAUUAACCGCCUACAAAGAUGUCUUUUGAGUCAGCUGGGGCGAGUUGAAGACUACAAGUUUAAAGCUCAUAUGAGGAGCUUUUAUUUUGGGUUAUAAAGGACAGGAGGUUCUGUCAUGUUUUGCACCAAAAACUACCUAAGGAGGCGCUUGCGUCACAGGUUAAGUUCAAUAAUUGGAUUGGCUGAGUUUAGUGUGGAAGACUCACAAGGCUAAUUCAGCUCAAAUUGGGAACAGUCCUGCUGUAAAAACAACUCCCAUGAACGUAAAGCCAAGUAGUUAGCUGAACCCAGAUCGGGUUUCAAGCUAUUAACUGUGACACGAAGGGGAAACACGUGAAAAAACAUUAUGUUUCAGGUCAAAGGGAGUCUCGAUAAUGUUCAUCAGUAAUCUCCAUAUGGAGAAGAAAAUACACUUGAAAAAACGUACUGUAAAUUUCUCCAGACAUUAUUCCUUCAUUUUUGUCUGAAGACCUGACAUUGGCUGCAAAAUUCAGAAAUGACUGUCUUUCAGCCGGAGGGCAAAGUCAAACAUCAUUUGCACUGAUUUAAUAUUUUACAGCAGAAUGGAUGAGUGGAGCUCGACAGUAUUUAUAUUCAAGUCACAGAGUCGAUGUUUUUACUGUAAGUGCGCCGUUGAUUCUUGAAAUAUGUUUGAUUGGGUUACGCCAGCAUUAGUCCAUGAUUACUGAGCUUUUAGCUAAUCAAAGCGCUUUAUUGCAUGACUCAUAAGUGACUUAAUGCGGUACUUCAGUACAACACGUACUUGUACACAACAAAAACUAAUUUCUUUUUUAUAUUUACACACAUGUAAACACACAUACACACAUCAAGCAGCAGGAAUAAUUGAAACUGCGACAUUAAACAAACAACCCUAUGAGUGCUUUAGGAAUUUAAGAUGACCAGAUUUACAUAUCGCCACGCAUAGUUGGGUAGAUGCGAUAAGUGGAGACAGAAUAGGUAAAUAGAAGUUUUUAAUCCCUGAGUGUGCUCACAUAUUGAAUUCCUCCUCACAUAAAUCAGUGUUUGAGUUCAGCCACUCCAUUUACAAAAAGUCCAGACAAGCCUCCACUCUACUUAUUACAUUAUUCUUGAAAUCAAGAUUCUCUUCAGGACGCUGACGCAGAGAGCUGCUUUGAAAUAGAUACUCCAAUUCAGCAAAACGCACUCAGUAAUUAUGUAAAUGUAGGGCCAUUUGUGGAUCAAAGUGAAGUUAUUCUGUUUUCAUACAGUUAAACAUGAUUUGAGCUGAAGUCGUUUUCAAUAUCAGUUCUCAAAUGGAUGCACGAAUGAAACCCACUACCAUAAACCCGAGCUCAAACUACCCAAGUGCCUGGACACAAACAGUAUAUUUAUAGACCGACACGCACUGGCACUCACACACCAACCGUCACAGCACUGCUGCUUACAAGCUGUGCAACAUGCACCAAGGCCAUUUAUAUGUUAUUAGAAAGUUCACACAGAAUAUUAUGAAAAUAAUUUCCUCACCUCUGGUUCUCUUUGAAGAUAAUCUCUUGAGUUUAUGCUAAUAGGGAUUUAUCCACGAGACGCUCCACUCUUAACCCCCGGCGAUUUGACUCGUCUCCCCCCUUUUGUUGGUUCCCUUUAAUCUGUAAGUAGAAGUAAAGUCAUUGAGUAAAUAGAAAGGCUAUGAAUACAUUUUCAUGUUAUCUGCAUCCAUAAAUUCCUCUCAAAAAGGUGGCAUCAGCAACUCGCCAUGGCGACAAUGAAAAGUGUAUCAGCAGCAGGUCAUGCAGAUGGAUGACAUGCAUGACUGAUGAUAACAUGGGAGCAGAAUGAGGCUGUGUGGAGGUCAAAUAUUCAGGAAGAAAGGGGAACCUUGUCAAGAACUUGCUGGUUAUAACUGAUAAAUUAUUUUUUUUUUACAUAUUGGAGGUGUAAAUGUGUGGAUAAAGGAUGAUAUAUAGUCUCUCUCACACAGGAGGGAAAACAGCUGAUGGCUCUUCAUUCAUUGACUUGGCGGAUAAUGAGAGCCCCUCCCUCCUCAUAGAUUCGUUUGUGAGAAAAUGACAGACAAAUGGGGGCUGGAUGGGGAAAUUAAAAAAAGCAAUAACCUCUAGAGUUGGAUAAAAAAUGAAGCCAAUGCAGCAGUGCAAAAUACUGCAGUGCCUUGAGAGCCCAAUAAAAGCUGGUUGCAAAAAACAAGGAAUCCCUAUUCCCUUUUUUCAGACGAUGUUCAUUUUGUAUACGGUCUAUAAAAAGAGGAGAAAAGCAAAACCUUUAAGGUGACACAAGUGAAUGCAGGCAGUACGACAAAAGGCAUCAGAUAAACAGAAUUAAAAAACUGUGGAGAAACAGUAAAAACUAUUACAGAAACUGUCUUUAAGUUAGGUGGUGAUACAAACUUCUUUUACUUUUAAUAAUAACAGAUAUGACUGAUGUCCAAGCAGAGACCAUACAUAAUCAUUUUUUACAGUCAAUUCAUGAAGAACUGGAAUAACCUCUUUGAAGGCUGUUUAUUUGUUCAAGAAAACAUUAAAAAACUGCCCGUUUAAGUCAAAAGAGAGGCAUCGCUACAGACUUUAGCCUGAAUCUAGCUUGCUAAUACUUUGAUAUCAUGUGAAGAAAAGCCGUUUGUAAUGUGUUGAUACACAACUCCUUUAAUGUUGUUUUUUCCUGGGGUAUCAGGUUAUGGUGGUGCAUUUAUUGCAGUUAUGAAAAGAGCAAAAAAUGUUACUUCAGAAACAGUUCUCUGACUCCAUUUCCCUGUCUUUUUGCUCUUUUUGUCUUAGAUGGGAAAUGCCUCCGAAACAUUUCUGCUCUUGUCAAGGAUAUCAAAAGAUAAUGACAUUAUCAUGGGAACUCUCUACACCAUUUUUGGUAAGUGAUGUAGUAUUUUACUACAGGAAAGACUUUUGUUUACGUGGCGUACAUUCAGAAACAACCUCUGUUGUAACCUUUUCCUGUUGCAGGUGUGCUGUCUGUGCUGGGGAACGGGAUCCUGCUGUUUGUGGCCUAUAGAAAGAAGUCCUCCCUGAAGCCUGCAGAGUUCUUUGUGGUCAACCUGGCCAUCAGUGACCUGAGCAUGACCAUGAGCCUGUUCCCACUGGCUAUCCCCUCCACCUAUGCCCACAUGUAAGUGACCAUUUGUGAUCCAGUUUGCGCCAUUCAGACUCACCAUUACCCCCAAUUUACACGGCAUCCAGACGGCUACGAAAAGGCUGUAUCUGCUUAUCACAGCUGAUCGUAAACAUUCAAGUUAAUGUGUCGGUUUCCACAGGCUCCUUUCCGUUCCGCUGCAGAUUGCCAGACUCCGCAGCUGAUCGCCAGAGUUCUAUUUUUUUCCGGACGCUGGACCAUGCAAGAUAAUUUCAGCACAAAUUAACCAGUGCUGGAAAGGAAGUCGGGCACAGACACAAAAUAAAACACUUCAUGUUUCAGGCGGAUCAUAUUUCACACCAUGCAAAUGGGCAGUACAGGGACAGACAAGUGAAAGGUUUACAGACAGCAUUUCACCCCGAUCACACCAUGGAUGAGGGGAUGCUGAUUUUAUACCUCUAGAGGUAGAUUUCCUCCACUGGAAGGACACAAUCUACUGCUUACAUGGUUAGCCUUUGUGCGCGAUUGCAUGUGAAUCCGCGGGUUCUUGUGUUUUCGAGAUUACCACUGUCCGUAAUCCACCACGAAAUUCGCCUUACAAACGGAUCCAGUAGGAAUUGGCAGACGACGAAAAUUGCUGCCGUUCCGGAGCGGUGACAAUAGGGGGUUAGAGAAUUGUACUUUGUCGGUGGAAAAUAACUUGAACAAAAACAAAAUGGUAAAAGGAUCUUGGUCUGUGUACUUGGCGGCCAACAGAUUUUCGUUUUUAAAUGAAAAAACUAAAACCCAUCUCCCAACUACCAGAAGGGAAAUGGGAGAUGGAAAUCGGAAAUCGGAAAAUGUUUUCAUAAAAAUCCAGAAGAAGACCUGGAAGUUGUGACUUGGAGUGAAUAUUUCUCUUUUUCAUUUGAAAACGUUGGCCGCCAAGUACACAGACUGAUCUUUUACCCACCGCCAGGGAAAUUACUCAAACAGUAAAGGUCUGUGGAACUGCCUUACUAAAUGUUUUAUUUAUCCAUUGUCCUUUUAUCAUGUUGGUCGCAUUGGGAUAAAAACCUCUUUUUCAAGAGAGACCUGGCCAAGAUAGUCAUCAGCAAAAUACACAAAGUAGCAGACAAGAGGCACACAGGGAACAAACGUGUAAUUUACAGGCACCACAUUUUGCAAUAAAAGAGCAACUAUCUGGGGAAUCAGUUGUGUAACCAGAUAAAGCCUUUCAUCUUCAUGACACCAGCUCCUUGAGUUUCAAGUCCUUCUGCAAUAAAUUCCAGGCUGAGGGUACAACCUACCCAGAAGCCCCUUUUUCCCAAUUCCUGUUCAAGCAGAGAGCAUAUAGAAUUCCUGGAAGCACAAUAAAUACUGUCAAGCAUAGCUCUGUGUGAUAAAUCUUUAAGAUGUUGUGGUGGGGAACCUUACAAACAAAGUUGUACAGAUGUAUUAGUCUACAGGGUGCUGGAGAUGGUAUCCAACCUGGGAGUACAACUCAUACUUUAGAGUCAGAGCUUUACAAUUGGUAAUGAUCCUCAAAGAUGGUAAACCUCUGCUCUAAAUUAUUCAUCUUAUACUUUAAUUAUAAAUGUUAAGUAUGUACUGAGGCUUGUUUAGUUUGCAGAUGGUACGAACAUAUGUCGUUGUGGGGAUAAUUUCCAUAAACUACUAGAGGAAGUCACCUCAAAAAUGAGCAAAUUAUCUCCUCUUUUACGACAAUAAUUCAAUAUUUUACAUUCUGCCAAAAGGCAUUACUGAGUAAUAAAUGAAACAAAUUAAAGAGAACAGCAUUCACUCGUCUCAGUAGAUUGAAAAUGGAAAUGGAAGAGCCCCCAGAUCUGUUUUAAUAUAAAGUUUAAAGUCUAAAAUUUUAAGAAAGUUCAUAAAAAUACAGAGUACAUUAAGUAAUUUUCUUUUUUUUUUUCUUUUUUUGGAAAGUAAGAGAAUAUUUUAUAAUUGAGCAAAAUCCCUCUAGAGGAGCACCAUCUUUGAAAAAUAAUAAAAAGUUCUCUGCAGAAACUCUUUUCAAAACGGUCCAUUAGAUGUUGUAACAAAACUCUUAAAUCUAUAAUCCUCCCUGCUGCUCUGCUCCUCUGAGCAUGUGCAGUCUACUGCUGUCAGAUGAUGUCUUGAUAGGGUCAAAAUGCUCAUUGUUGGUAUGAUUGAUUUAACAGGAAGGUCAGUCAAUGUAUUAUUACCUGUUUCAUCUACAGGGUGUGAGCUGUAUAACCCACCAGAGGGACUCUGGAUGGAAAGUCUGGCGUAGGACCAGAAUAUCAAUCAGGACAAAUGAUCUCAUUUCUCUCUCUGUCUCUCCAUUAGGUGGCUAUUUAACAAGACCACCUGUACUGUCUACGCCUUCUGUGGCGUUUUGUUCGGCCUGUGCAGUCUGACCAACCUCACAGUGCUCUCCUCUGUCUGCUGGCUCAAGGUCUGCUGUCCCAACUAUGGUAAGAAAAUUUGUUUUAAUGCUUUUUAAGUGAGAGGAGAGAGUAAGAGAGUAAGAUUUACCUGUAUUGACCAGUUAAGCUUUACCCCAGAGCCAAAACCUCUAAACUAAAUAAAAUAUUUAUGUAUAUCGAGGCCAGAAAACCAAGGAUUUUCUUCACGUUGAGGUUAUUACACUGCAUAAAAUAUUAACCUGUAUGCUCAUGUUAUAAGCUCUUUAAAAAACAGGACAUGUAGCCUACAAGAGUUAAUAAUUGGGAGGCCUAUUAAUAAACUCCCUUCCCUUUUUGAUGUAUUCCCCUGCAGGGCUUUUCAUCUGAAAAACAAACAAUCUAUCAAAUUAUUGGCAUUGCAUGAUUCCCAGGCAGCACAUAUUAGCUACAUCUGUAGUGUCAGUGUUUGCCACUGGAUUUCAAAUAUAUUUUACUUCUGUUCAAAAUUAGAUUAAGUUUACAUCAAAGUUACUGCCUGUUUAAGGUCCACCAGUCCACCUUCUCCUGCUGCAACAGAAAGGGUCCUCGAGAUCAAAGUCCAGUAAAAAAAAUUAAUCCAAACACAUUGGGAUCCUAAAAGAUCCAUGGAUAUAUAUUUUUAUAUUCACAAAGGCUAUAUGCCGUGGUCCGUCUCAGAGUAGGGUCUAGAGAGACUAAAGAGAGAGACUUUCUUUAAUUGUCAUUGCACAGAAUAAUAUGGCAGUGAUUCCUCUCUGCAACAAAAUGUUGUUGCUCGGCUUCCAUAUCACAGCAUGAUGGUGUUUGAUUUAAUGUAAGAAAAAUAAAAACAAUAAAAACUAAGGGUAAAAUAGCAGCAUGGUGAGUAUUAUUGCACUUUCUGGAGGUAGCAUGGUAGUGGAAUAAAAACAAAUAAAUAAAAGUGUAUAUAAAAAGAUAUAUGUUCUUAUUUACACAGAAUAAAUAGUAAAAAAAAUAGUAAAAACAGGAACACAAUGCAGCAAGGUGGGAUUGGGGGUAUAUAUGGAGGGUCAUUUGGCAUUUGGCAGUCUGAUGGCAAGGGGGAAGUAACUGAUUGUGAAUCUGGCUGUUCUGCAGCGGAUGCUACAGAACCUACUGCCAGACGCCAGGGGAGUGAACAGCCCAUGGUUGGGGUGGGUGGGGUCAGAGAGGAUACGGUGGGAUCUGACUCCUUUGCCUUAUUUAGGUUAACCAUCUGUAGUCUAAAUGCUCCCAGUGAUUAGAACUCAGGCUCCAUAUAAUCACUCUGGCCCCUUGAUAACACUGAUGAGGUUUGUUUUUAAUCAUACUGCAAAUGUUUAUGCUGAAUAUAAGAGCAAACACAUCAGACAUAGUGAGCAGGGUUUCUAUGUGUUACUAUUUUUUAACAGAUCACAAACCUAAAAAAACAUAUCCACAAAAAAACAGAGACCUCUAAGCUCCCAAAUGGCUCUUGAUAGUAUGACUGAUGUACAAAAUUUGGUUUUUAAGCCAACUGGUUCAGGAUCUGCCCUUGCUGCUACAGAGAUACUUUCCUGUCAUGGACUCUAGAAACAUGAAAUGAUGUCAGAGGAAAAGCUAAAGCAGUUAAGAUAGUUAACUUAGUGUGACAUAUUCUGAAUCUCCAAAAAGAGGACACGACUAUGCAGGGUGGAGUCACGGAGUUGCGCAUAGUUAAUUUUGAGAGUUUUUUCGGGUCAGGUUGGGUGUUUUUUAUGCUCUUCUAACUCAGUUAGUCAACACAAACAAAAAACUUCCAUACAAACCCCCAGACAUUUCAAGGAAACUCCCCCUAUAAACUGUCCUGGACGAGGCCGGACAAGCCUGGACAGCCUACCAAAAAGAGGACAUGUCCGGGUAAAAGAGGACAUAUGGUCACCCAGGUUAAAUGUAAAGGUAGUGAAUGUUUUAAUUACUGCACAAGGGGUUUGAGUCAAACAAAGUUAUGUGAUUAGAGGUCUCACAGAGUCUCCUAAGAAACCAGUAUAUGGCGUCACACAAAUGUCCAAGUUUGAAGACUCUGUAAUAAACACCAAGGUCGCUCAGUAAACUGAGCUGUUGUUGCUUGUGUUUUAAUUUCAUCCAUGCUGAAUGAUCUGCAAGCUGAGUGGCUCUGACUGGAUUUCCAUGGGGGGGACAGAAAACUAAUUACCUGCAAAGAUUAAUUAGUUGCAAUUUCUAAUUGGUUGCAAUAAAUAAGCCUGGCUUUGAUAUCAUCAGGGCAAAAUGAACCCCCUAACAAAGCUCAGCAGAGGUCAAAUCAGAUGUGCUCACUGUGUAAAUGCAAAAGUUAAAAGUAUAUAAUGUUCUGGAGGUGUGAUUAGAAAACUAAUAAGACCUUUUGUUGACCACAAACAGUCUUGUGGAUAUGAAGUACUUUCAGCCUCGUUGGUAUGACUGCAAAGUGUUUCAGCAGCUCAUUACUAAUGACCAUAAUUAAUCUGUCUGACACUGAAGUCAUUGGGUAUGUACUUACAGGGUUGCCUUUGUCUUAAUCUGUGAGCAGCACAGAUAGUUCAUUUCGAGUCAAAUCUUCAGUUUCGUGCACAUGUGCCUGUUUACUUCAUCAACAUCAGCACACCAGCUUUUGCAGGCAGUAAAUUCAGGUGGAAUUUAUUCUAAGACUCAUCUGUGACUACUUAUUUUCUUAUGAAACUUUCAUUGAAUUUUUUACCUUUCUAUGAAAAUGUGAUCAUUUCAAACAAAACCUCUCAACCAUAAAGUUUAAAACACACAAAUUCUGUUUAUCCGUUUGACAGAAACAGUUUAUAAUUCCUUUAGAUAUCCUAUCAUCAUUAUCCUAAAGUACACAGUCAAGGGAUUAUCACAUUAAUAUGCUUCACAUAUUCACCCUCACAUACACUGCAGGGGGUUUACAGACUGACUCAUACUGUGUCGAUAGGGUUUAUAAAGCUGGACACAUAAGGUAAAAUAUACACCGAGUAUAAUCACCAUCCGAGGAUACAAAGAAGGGAAAAUGAGGGCAUAUAAGAAGUAAGCACAGCAUGUAACAGCAGCAUGAAGACAUGUGGAAGAAAUGUGAUAGUAGCAAGGAGUUCUGAAACACAAGAGACUGUAUUGACCGUGUAUGCAUCUUGAUGAAGUAGCCUUCACAUCAAUUCUCUACUAUUAAAAUUGUUCCUACGAAGCGCCCCAUAAUUGAAUUUUAAAAGAGUUUUCUGCUCUGUUUCCAGAGAAACACUUAUUUUAAUGCAGAGCGUAAAACCCUACAGAUCACAAGCCCUCCGAGUAAAAGUGUCUAAAGUACAAAUGAACAUAAUUAUGUCUUUAUGAGAGUUUCCCGCAAGGAUAACAAUUUCCAAUAGCUUACAGACACCAAUAAACUCUGUUUUCCUCUUGCUCCACUUGUUUUUAAAAAUACCCUCGCAGAUAAAUCGAUACACAGUCCACAUGGUUGCAGUGAUAAGACUAAAACCCAACUGUUUCAGAUCCGCUUGUGCAGUUUAUGAUAAAAGGAAAUCAACAUCAGCAGGAGGCUACACAUGAGUAAAGAUAUGAUCACGAUGUACAGACAAGGAAAGUAGCUGCUUCUACACUCUUUAUAUCUAAGGCAACUGUCAGUGAUAUGUCACAGUCUUUGUUGUGUAUUUUCAGUCUGACUGUUUGGGUCUUAGAUUAGACAUAUACAAAGAGGCCUUUAUUUUAAUAUCUCUGGAAUCCAUGACAAGUCAAUCAGGAAGUGCAGUGCGAUAAAGAUGCUAUAACAAAAAGGUCUUUAAAUGCAUCAUGUUUGGAGGCCAAAAGGGACACCUAAGGGGGGGCAAUGCCACCGAGAGCCCCUUCCUGAACAUGCCUCUGGAAACUGAAGUGAGAAAAGAACUAUUGUAGAGUUAAUAACUACUUUUUGUACAUGAUAUAGCCCAUGGAUAUAGACAUUUUUCAGAGAUAAUGCUCACAUCUAUUAUUACUUCUUCCCACCAGACAUAACCUUGAGAAAUAAGUGGCUUUAUGUGGAUAAUAUGAGCCAGUUUCACAGGGUGUGUUGCAUAACUGUUAAAAGAGAAACAAGCAGUGUCAAAACUGCCUCCAUGAAGUAACAAAACUGAGGAUUGGGUUACUUGAAGCAAGGUACGGUACUAAUCAAGAUAAUAUUUAUACGCUUCUGACACAAGGUUCAAUUUUCAUGUGUGGAGUUAUUGUGCAGAGGUCAUCGCAUUCACUCUAACGUGAGGUGCCGGAUCAGUUUGCAAAAAACAAUAAACUCUGAUUUAAUUGAACAGGAAAUUUGUGAACUUUCUGACUCACUGAAAUCAGGAUUAGAGGGAACUUUUAGGACCAAUUAGUUCCUGUGCUGCCAUGGAAAAUGUUGAAGAAAUUGACACUGUAAAGAAGUUUUUGUGAGAUGGAAACUCUUUCACAAAGAGUCCCAAUCUGAAUAAAUAAACCACAUUUCUCAAGGAGUUUCUCUUACAUUUUUACCUCCACCAAGGAGGUUAUGUUUUCGGUAGCGUUGGUUUGUUUGUUGGUUUGUUUGUCUGUUAGCAACUUUACAGAGAAAGUAACAGACGGAUUGACCUGAAAUUUUCACCAGAGGUGCGUCUCAGCCCCAGGAGGAUCCCAUUAAAUUUUGGUGGUGAUCCGGACAAAAUUCUGGAUACUGUGAUCCAGAACACACAAAAAUAAGGGUGUCGUUGGAAUUUUCAAUGCUGAAAGAUAACCAAUGGGCGGCACAGUGGUGUAGAUAGGUGGUACAGUGGUGUAGUGGUUAGCACUGUCGCCUCACAACCAGAGGGUCCUGGGUUCGAAUCUCGGUCAGUGCAUUUCUUGUUUUAGGAACAUUAUUAACAGUGAACAUACCAGUUUAAACACAAAUAAACGUCAAUAAAAGACACGUAACAGUAAAAGUUUUGGUGUGAAUCACAAUAUAAGGGGGGACAUGAGCUGCUUGGCGGAGGUCUGCGCUCUCCAAGUGCUUUUCUACUUCUACAUGUAGUUAAUUAAGAUAGAGAUAGAUUUGCAUAAACAAGAAAUAUUUUAAUCUGCAAGCCUGGCUCUAAGCAACAUACCGGAGUACCUCUGUUGAGCAUUGAUAGCCCUAACAAACCUCUGAUGACAGACAAAUUAGCACUCAAUCAGUCAUGUAACAUCAACACAUGGAUCCUGCACUUCCUAUUUCCUUGAAUCUGCAGCCACUGAUGACUGCUGAUGAACCCAGAUCGAAGUCCAUCAAAGAACGGCCAAGCCGAAUGAGUCAGAUUCGUCCUUGGCGAGAAGACUAAUGGCAGGAGGGACAUGUGGAUUAUACAAGAAGCAGUGAAUGAAGAGGGAAGCUGGGGAAUUUGCUGUAGAGUUAAAGGGAGCUGAUUUACAGUUCAGCGACAACAGAAUCAAUGUGGGGGUAUCUGUCCCGAUGCUAAGUGCUAUUGGCUGUAAAAAUUGAUGUCUUUCAGGCACCAAUGAGCUCGGAUGGAUCUCAAUCACAGGCAAAGUCGACAUGGCUUACUGUGUAUGGUAGCACAUGAAAGGGAGAGUCAAAGAGCUUAGUGGACUGGGGGUAAAACGCUUUGACAGAAAUACAAAUGGGUAGGGUAUUAGUUUACCCUGCAGCCAAAUGAACCCACCAUAUUUCUUCAAACAGGAGCCAGACCUUUAUUAAACUCAAAUACGAAGCACUUGGCUUUCAUCUGAGCCGAAAUGACUUCAUUUGGCUGUUGGUACAAAUCCAUCCCUGCUUGGAUCUGUUUCAAAAUAAAAGACCUCCGGAAGAUUGGAGGAAAGAAUUCCAGUAUUUCGCAUAAAGUAAAAUCAGUUAUGCAUUGCUUCAAGUUAAGCUACAGCCAUCUUCAUGCACUUUUAACAUUAGGGUAUUAGUCAGGUCUAUAAAGCAGAAAACAGCAUAAAAUUGAGGGUAAUUCUUCAUUUAGACCAACUGUAAUGGUUAUCAUUCUCAGUGAGGAUCCUAAUGAGACAAGAUGUUGUUUUCUUCCUCUGCAUGUAUCUGUGAAAAGCUCUCAGCCAUUAUGAGAUACCAGCCGUUAUUAUUCAACAUACUUUUACUUAAGGUAAAAAGGUUUAAAUAAAGACACUGGUCAAAGAUAGUGCUCUAAGAGACUUCUAUGGCUGCUCUUUCUAUUCAGUUACUUCAAACAAAAUAAUGUAAGACGUGAGAGCACAUGUUCAAGGGCUUCCGGCAGAUACUCUGGCUCUCAGUGAAUAAAGAGUUCAAGACGGAUCUUCCUUGUAGCACUUCGAUAGCUGGAGAGUUUGAGUGCUGAUCAGAUGCUUCACACCAGAAAAACAGAGAAAAAAGAUGUCCAGGGUGCUGCUUUAGCUCAGAGGGCUCAAAGAGUAGGCACCUCAUGAACAGAGGGAGCAGAGGCUACCCCCCACACAGACACGCACAAUUCAUGUCUCUCUAUAGCAGCUCUAUCAAAUAAAAGCAUAAAGCCCAAUAAUGAUCUUCAAAAGAAGUAAGAAAAAAAAUCAAUCUGUAGUAGCGAACCAGCCAAAGGGCUUAAGAACCCUCAACUCUGUCCCCACCCUCAGCUUGAAAUGUAAGAGCGGCUGACAUCCAGCUGAAGAGGGCUGCAUGGUAUCAGAGAUAAGGCUCCCUCUGUUCUUCCUCUCUGUGAGUCGGCACUGAAGAAGCUCUCGCCUAAAUCAAUUACAGCCAGUUAGCAGUUAGGGCUGUCCCUGAUUUUCCCAUGGAUCCUCUUUUUCACACUCAGGCACGAGUGAUGACAAAUGAGCGAUCAACCGCUAAUGACUCGACUAUGAACAGAAUACAUUAUACAUACUGUGAACACAGUGUGACUAGAUUUAGUUGGGGAAUUUUACUCUUGGUUCAUGUGGAUCUAAAGAGGCUAAAAAAAAGGCGAAAGACAGCCUUUUUCGACAAAUAACAAUAACCAACUACUCACGUUUGAAGAUUAUUGAUUUCUAUUCUUACGUUUGGUUCAAAUUUAUAAAGGCCAUAAGACAGUAAAUAAAUAGCAAAGUUAAUUUAGUUGCAAUUUACUUUUCUGUUAACAAAAACAAAUAUUGUUUAUGAUUUUUGCUUGAAUUUAUUAUUGUGUCAUUCGCUAAUCUCUAAAAAGUUUGCAGUUUUUGUAUUAAAGCCAAUAACAAAACAUCAAAACCCUGACUGCAUCAUUUAACAUGAUUAUAAUCAAAGUUAUUUUAUAUGUGGUUAAAACUUACUGUAGAGAGCAUACUACCAUUGUUUAUGGUAUGUUCAAGGUUAAUGGUUGAACAUAUGAGCAGUUUAUGAUUUGUGUGAGUGUUUAAGCACAGUUGUAAACAAUGUAAUUUUAGCUAGUAAACAGUUAUACAUCUAAAUAGGAAAUUUAAAAAGUUAGAUUAAAAAAAGAAAUGAACACAACAAAAAGUCAAUGAGAAUAUUUCUCUAUUUCUAUUAUGAGGUGUUGAAAUGUAAAAAGACAAUACUGGCGGCACUGCUGUUUUAUCACAGGAAACUAUACUAUCAUUUUAUCAAAAAAGAAAUGGAUUACUCAGGAGAGAAUGUAUCUGUCUGAUAAAUAAAGUUGUGACUGUCAAUAUAAGUCCUUCAGAACUUUUUGACAAGAUAUUUCACCCAAUAUGUUGAAGAUUAAAAAACUUAUCAGGUUUACUUUAGAGUUUUGAAAUUAAUUUGACAAACUUUGGAGGAAAGAGAAGGUGCCAUAACUGUGCCUGGCUCUAUCUAAAUACCGAAGGCUUCUUUGUACCUGAAUGCAUACAGAAACAGAUCCAACACACAGGUAACAAACAACUUAUGCUGACAACUAUUGGUGACUCUAUGUGUCUAGUGCACAGACAGUAGGGAGUAAAGGGUAAAUUGUAAAUUCAGUUCCCCUAUUUGGGAGAAAACUGAUAUUUUUCCUAUUUUGUUCUCAUUCGUCAAUAACCACUCCACUAACUCCUCCUCUAUCUCUCCCUUGCUCUACUCCUCUUCAGGCAACAAGUUCUCAUACUGCCACGCCUGCCUGCUUGUUGCCGGGGUCUGGUGCUAUGCUGGCGUUUUUGCCGUGGGUCCCUUGUCGGGCUGGGGAGAGUACGGGGCCGAGCCUUACGGUACAGCGUGCUGCAUCAACUGGCACGCGCCAAGCCAAAACUCUGCAGCCAUGAGCUACAUCAUCUGCCUCUUCUUCUUCUGCUACAUCGUGCCCUGCACUGUCAUCUUCCUGUCCUACACAUUCAUUCUCAUGACAGUCAAGGGUUCCAGACAGGCUGUGCAGCAACACAUGUCCCCGCAGAACAAGAUCACCAAUGCACAUGCACUUAUCAUUAAGGUAAAUGCACAGAUUUAAUAAAUAAAAAAAAUAUAAAUAUACUUUAAAGAGUGAAGAGAAAAUGUGCUCACAUGAAAUGUUUUUUUUUGCUUGUUUAAGCUCUCAGUGGCGGUUUGCAUCGGUUUCCUGACAGCAUGGAGUCCAUAUGCCAUUGUGUCCAUGUGGGCAGCUUUUGGAAACCCAGCAACUGUACCACCCAUGGCUUUUGCUGUGGCAGCUAUCUUUGCAAAGUCCUCCACCCUUUACAACCCCAUCGUCUACCUGGUCUUCAAACCCAACUUUCGCAAGUCCCUGUGCCGGGACAUGGCCCUGUGCAGGAGGUCUUUGUGUGGAUGUCUAUGUCCGCGCAGCGUCACACAGAAAGGGACUUGCAUGCAGGCCCACAAAGAGGAUAACUCUACAAGGUUGUCAAACGGGCUACCUGAGAACCACGGGACCUGCAGACACUGUCCUUGCCCUGAUUCAGCCCCUGGUACAAGAGAAAAUUUCGCAGACUACAGCCCCCAGCAGACUGCCAGGAUACUGAAAGGAUCUGUACAUAGUGAGGUGGCUGUGAGUCAGCUCUCCAAUGAGAUGCAGAGUGACUUCCUCUAAAACACAAACACAGUAAAAGGUGAAAAGAAGAGUGAUUGAGAGAAAGACAUCGAGAACGAAGGAUAAAAUACAUCAAUGCAAGUUGGAGGAUAGAUUGAACUUGACAGACGAAGAAAAGGUUUCAAGGUACAAGUUUGAAAACAUGAACUUGUCUAAUGCCUCAAAUAUGUGAUACUGCCAAAAAAAGAAGCCAAUACAGGAGGAUAAGAGAGUCAAAAGAGCAUCCAUGGAUGUGUAAAUCAGUAUUCUAUCAGGUUGAAUUAACCUGCAUCAACAAUUAUCUGAUCACUUUAACUGAUCAAUACUAACAAAGCAGGACAGAGAAACAAUGGAGUCUGGUUACCGUCAAUUCAAGCUGGAUUUUGAGGAAGGAGCCGAUAUGAAACUUUCUACUUCCUAAACUACCUUUCUGUAUUUAAGUACUGUAUUUAAAGAUGUAUCUGAUUUGAUAAGUAUUUAUUAAUGCAUGCCUCAAACUGAAGGACCACAGGGUUGCUGGUGUUAUCUUAAAGUAAAAAAAAAAAUUCUCAUUGCUGAAAUACAUUAAUUUUUCGAAGCCUCAAUUGCUGAGACCACAGCGUCAGCCUCUACAUUUAUCUACAUUAAAGAAACCUGCUAUAGGUUGAAGGGGAAAAGACCACUGGGUGAGACUAUUGUUACCUGUGUUAAAAAGAACAUGGACAUCCUUCAAGCACCCAGGGAAGGAGGUUGCAUUGAUUUCUCUGCAGAGACAAGUUGCCAAUAUCACUUUUUUUUCCCCAGCCAGAGCUGUGUCCAAAACAGAGCGGCUAACUGAUUUAGGAAAGCAGAAGAAUUUGGGGAUGACUCAGGAUUUGAAAAAAAAAAAAAAAAACUUUUUAAGUGUUUUUUUUUUUUGUUUGUUUGUUUUUUUUGUAUUAUGUGCAUUGCUUUUCUGACAUGGAGCAUUGACAAAACACACACACAUACAUGAAUAUACUGCAGAGUGUUAUUAAAUGAUGUAAAGGAAAGGCCGAUGUGUAAUCUACCAAACAGAGAUACUAUAUUUGUAAAAAAAAAAAAAAAAAAAAAAAAAACGAAUACUCAAAUGGCUUUUAUUUGGCCAGGGUUGCAAACUCCAAGAGCUGGCUCUUACUGUGGACUUGUUGGACGAUGACAAAAAAGUAAGGACGCAGCCAUGUGUGAGAUGAACAACCCACAGAUGUCAAAUAGUUUGCCAUACACCGACAUCAGCUGUAAAUGUUUAUCCAUAUCAUAUCACCCCUUCUUUCUGCUGGUGAGCUGGGGCCUAUUCUACGAAGCAGGAUUACUGCUUAGCAAGGUAACUUCGAGGGUAAAGUCGGGGUUUCCUGUUCUACAACGCAGGUUCACUUCUUAGCGAGGCGAGUCUCUAUAGCAACAUACGCUGAACGGCUAACCUGCUCCGGGGCAAGUUAGGUUCAAGAUUAAACUCACCGAGUAUAAAAACCCCGCCCACUGACCAAUGAGCUAUCUCAAAAAUGGCUUGUCCGUUCUUGGAGGAUCCUAUAGACUUCAGUGCUCGCAUUGUUGCGAGACCGCUGGCUACCGCGCUAAGUUGAGCGAGGUAGCUCCAAGGAUACCUCGCUAGGUUGAACUUGCUUCGUAGAAUAGGCCGCUGGUGUACCAAACUGCUGACUCAACAAAGACUCAGGGAGAAGUCACCGGUCAGACAGUUUGAUGUUUUUGUGGCGGUGUCUGAGAAAGAUAAGUGGCAUGCAGCUUGAAAGUUAGCUAAAAAAUGAGAAAAUGUGAAACAGUGCUAAAAUGAAUCGGCUCAAUUAUUGUUUUUAACAUCUGUGUGGAUAUCAGUUCAAGUAUUGGUACUGAUAUCAGUGUCAGAGUCUCCAGAUCGAUGCAUCUCUAGAAAAGGUUCAUGUACAGGUCUCAUUUGCUGAUCAGCUGUUACAGGAAACGCAACCAGACAUCAGGCUGAACAAGAAGGCAGGGUUUCAGACAGAUUAUAAUCAAGCAAACAGUUUUUUUAUUGUGAGAUAUAAAGUGUGCCCAUAAUGCUGCUAGAUUGUGAAAACCGUGUGCACGGCUUCUGCACAUACUGCGGGUCAAAGUUGCCAGGAAGUCUGUCUGUAAACUGUGAUGGAUGUUUACGAAGAACAGCUGUGAUGAUUAAAUUUUCCGGCUACUUUCUCUUCAAAAUACGUUUUGUUAGUUUUUGUUCAAAACUGGUAUGCGGCCAAACUUGCAUCCUUCAUCAGACUAAUUUUUUCAGCGGCGGUGUCUCAUUCCCAGACUC